AUGCCGGUGGGUGGUGAUUCCUUCGCUGGGCAGUCGCGCCGUUGCCCUUUCCGGACGCAGCAUCAGCCUUUCCCCACAUCCAUCUGCCGUUGUCGUUUCUACUGCCGGGAAAAGAAGGAGAUGGACUCGCCUUCCGGGGAUUCCUAACGAUCGGGCCCAGUUUGAAAGACGCCCGCCCUCGGCCCCGUUGCGACUCGGGAGGCGCCCCUCCCGCAAAACGGGGUGACGAUGUGGAAGGGUGCUGCUCAAGGCGCGGGGUGCUCUGCGCUGGGAUUGGGGCGUUACCGGAUCUGUGGCUUGGCACAGGCUUCUCUUGGCGGCCUUGGUCAUGUCACUUAAGAAAUGCUGGUUUUAAAGGGAUUAUCAUUAUUAUUACUAUUAUUAUUAUUAUUAGUUUGCUAGUAUUUAUAAAGCGCUUGAUCGCAGGAAAAAACAACCUCCAAGCAAUUUUUAGGGUACUGUGAGGUAUGGGCAUAGUCAGGAUGGUGCAGGGGGGCAGCUCCCGCCCCUCCCAUCAAGUAAAUACUGUAAAUAAAAAUACUUAACUAACUGAUCAGUUGUGUUGCAGAUACUGUAACUUGGUUCUGCACCCAACCCCUUAACAUAAGGCCUGCUCCCCACCCCCCCAAAAAUAACACCCAUACUGUGAAGUGGUGUUGGCACCAGAUUUGCAACGUGGUUUUGCCACACACAUUAUAGUGGUUCUUAAACUGCUUCUGCUCGCUGCUGCUAUGUGGCCCGCCUCUCUUGAUCCAGUUUUAAGUCUUCCAUAAGGAGGGCGUGCUGCCACGGUUUGCCAAGCCAGGGAGAUCACACUAACGAUGAGCUGUUCGUUUUAAAUCAAGUCGGGGGAAGCAAAUUAAGAGGUUCCCAAUAUUGAAUAAAUGGGAGCCAAAGCUGUAUGUUUUGCUUCACCUGAGAGUGUCUGUGAAGGUUUAAAGUGUUUUUAUCCCUCUCUUAAGCGCAAAAAAGUCUCAAAGCCUCUUACACAUAUCAGUGAUAAGACCAGCUUUUGCCAACCUGGCAACGUCCAGAUGUUUUGGACCACAAUUCCCACCAGCAGUCUGGUUGUCUCUGAGUAAUAUCUGUGCUUUAGAGGAAGGGCGGUAUAGAAAUUUAAAUUAUUAUAAUAUAAUAUAAACCCUAAGCCUGAAGCCUUGACCACCAUCCCCUGUUGUUUUUCUUCAUCGCAACCCCAAUGGGUAACCUGAUGGCAGCAACCCAUUGCCUCUCAGACUGCAGUUAUGAAAAACCAAAAUCGAAUCCUAGUGUUGUAUUCCACCCUCACAGGAUCACUUUGGGAAUUGAUCCCUAGGAGCUGAUGUUACAACAGGACUGCUAAUCUGUGUAUUGCUUGGUUGUGAAUGCCUCCUUCCUUGAGCAAGGCCUGAUAGUGUAUAGGAUCCUGCACACAGUGCCCCUCACAUGCAAGUACAAGAAUACAUUUUAAACGGAGUGUGAGGAUCCCUUCAAGAACAUUUUGUGAUCUUCAAGUGACGCAUUAAAGAACAAGUUGUAUUAAGGUCUCCCACAGAGCCUAGGACUUGCUGAUCAAAAGGUCGGCGGUUCGAAUCCCUGCGACGGGGUGAACUCCCGUUGCUCGGUCCCAGCUCCUGCCAACCUAGCAGUUUGAAAGCACGUCAAAGUGCAAGUAGAUAAAUAGGUACCGCUCCAGCGGGAAGGUAAACGGCGUUUCCGUGCACUGCUCUGGUUCACCAGAAGCGGCUUAGUCAUGCUGGCCACAUGACCCGGAAGCUGUAUGCCAGCUCCCUCGGCCAAUAAAGCGAGAUGAGCGCCGCAACCCCAGAGUCAGUCACGACUGGAUCUAAUGGUCAGGGGUCCCUUUACCUUACUUUAGUGAAAGUGUCUCGUUUGAAUAAACCUUUCAGCUUCUAGCAAAGAUGGAAGUGACUUGAAUCCAUGGAAAGAUUCUAGGGGUUUGGUCCAUCUUAUGUCAUCCAGUUCUGUUUGGCCCAUCCCUGAUAUAGAACAGAUUAUGUGUCUUGGAUUUCAGGCCUCUCUCCAGUUUCAUCUUUAUGAAUUGUGUUUUUAGAGGUGCUAAGAAAAACUGGUUAGUAAUGCAAGAUCUGGCUCUUUUUGCUCCUCCCUCUUCUCCCUGCCCUCCCCCAGUAGACUCCAGUAAUAUUACACAGUAAGCCACAGGGACAUACAAUUCUCUCAGGGCUGGGCUGUUUACGAAGGUUUCAAGUUCUGCCACAACUUUUAAACAUCCUGGGUUGGGUACAUACUUCAUACUAUGAAGAGAAAGAGUACUGUUAACCUGUCUACUGAGGGGUGUUGUUGUUUACUAUAAAAUGGCUAUUUUAUAACUCAGUGUUGUAAAUGUCUCUUUAAAAAAGAUAGUCUAGUUAAAAUUGAAAUACAAAUUAAACACACAAGUGUUUUUAGACUGAAGGAACGGCCCUCUAUAAAGCAAAUAGUUAAAAACUGUUCUUCUGCAUAAGCAGAAAAGCAGGAAAAAUAAAUAUUUUGAGGCCAAACAUUAAUAUGGCACAAUAAACAUUAUUAUGGCCUUCAUUCUAGGACCAAUGAAGUAUCUAGUCAUCUCUGAACUUCAUUCCAGACCCAGAAAAUGCCAUCCUGGCUGAUCAUCGACUUCAUCAACCCAAAUUAUCUCUUUAACUGUGUUAGCUCUGCGAUUUGCUCUGUAGUAUCUGUUUUCUAUCAAUAAGGACAUUUCCUUUUCGUCUUAUGAAAAGAAGCUGUUUGCUUUUUUUGCAGGGUGGAGAGAAUGGGUCCUUUGUUGUCUUUAAAUAGACAUUACAGGUCAAGUGUGUUUUUGAUUGUAACGGAUUUUAGCUACUUUCUGUUCUUGUGUAGAAAUACUUUCUGUUUCUGGUGUGGGGCAAGGCAGGAAAGAAAGCAAAAGUGAAAAAAGACACCCCCACCCCAAAAAAGAGUCCUGUUGGAUCAGACAAAUGCCUAUUUAAUCUAGUGCCUUGUUGCUUGCAUUGGCUAUUCAGAUAUCUACCGCAUGAGUAGGACUCAAAGGCAAUAACUAUCUCCUUCUGUUCCAGUAAAUAAUAUUCAGAAAGCAGCAAUACUAUAAAAUAGUAGUGUAAAUGUUCCAUGUAGAUGUAGUGUUAAUUACCUAAUUGUUUAGGAAAUGCAUGAAGUACCAAUAGAAUUUCCUAAAUCAGCCUUCCCCCACCCACCUUGGUGAUUUAAAUUGCCUUGAUUUAAAUUAAUUCGCCCCGACUGAAGAAAAGGAGAACAUCAUUUUGGCUGACAAUGUAUUCUUAAAGAAAAUGCAUCUACAACUUGAUCCCAACAUUUAAACAAAGUCUCAGCAAGUUAUGUUCAUGUGCAUACGCUCAAAGUCUAUGGAGCACAGGUUUAUGGGUGCUGCAGUUGACAUCAACCUGAAAUUUAUUUAUUUGUUGCAUAAAUUUCAACAUUUUAACAAGGUAUCCAAACCCAAGCAGUUAAGGUCAAGCUUUGAUACUAACUUUUAUUAUUGUUUAAUAAACUAGUUUUUAUAACAUCAAUGUGCAGUUGCUCAGUGAGAGAUAUUUCAAUGGCCUCUCCAUUCUUUCUCCUUGCUAUUUCAGAAACAUGAAUUCUUUGUAGACAUGACCUGUGAAGGGUGCUCUAAUGCCGUCACCCGUGUUCUCAACAAGCUGGGAGGUGAGUGGUACCUGGCAGACCACAAGACUUGAACACUCAAGACUUCUUCUUGCACUUAGCGUUAUGCUUAAAGUAUUCCUGCUUGCAUUGUUUGAGGCUCCUCACAGGGUCUCUGCCAUGGGAGCAUAUUCACCCAGUGCUUUUCCAGCUGCACUGGCUCCCAGUGGAGUACAGGGUCAGAUUUAAGGUGCUGGUUUUGACCUUUAAAUCCUUCACGGCCUAGGACCCUCGUACCUACAGGACCACCUCUCCUGGUAUGCCCUGCGGAGGACCUUAAGGUCCAUAAAUAGCAACACCCAAGAGGUCCCAGGCCCUAAGGAAGUUAGAUUAGCCUCAACCAGAGCCAGAGCCUUCUAACUUGGUUUGCAGUUGUCAGUGCAGCAUGCUAGAAAAUGUUCCAACUCAUAGUGCAUUCAUCUUUGCAUAUCGUAUUUUCAUUGCAGGGUUUUAAAAAGAUUAAAUGAGCCACUUAAAUGAUGUGCAGCUUUUGCUUCAUUCUUUGCCCCAGCUGAAGUAGCAAGCAACUUCUAGAGGGCUUGCUGCUUUGCUCCUAAUACAGUGGUACCUCCAGUUACGAACUUAAUUCAUUCCGGAGGUCCUUUCUUAACCCGAAACCGUGCUUAACCUGAGGCGCACUUUCGCUAAUGGGGCCUCCCGCUGCUGCCAUAACGCUGGCGCGCGACUUCCGCUCGCAUCCCAGGGCAAAGUUCGCUACCAGGAGACCUACUUCUGGGUUAGCGGAGCUCAUUACCCAAAGCGUUCGUAAGGAGGACAGUACGUAACCUGAGGUUCCACUGUAGAGGUAGUUAGUCAGUAACUAAAUAUUGAUUGUUGCUGGAAUGUUUGUCUUUCAUCCCGUGUCCCUUAGGACUGCGUAAUUUCCUCUUCUAGACAGUUGUCCAGUCAACUUUAUUCUCUUUACAAGAUCAAAGGCUUACUCCAAAACUCAUUUAAAUCAUUGACGCAUAACUCUGGUUGCUUCUGCUCUGCAGUAGGAGAGCUGAAUCUGCUGCUGUCUUUAUCACCUUAGCAAGCGUCUAAUCUCCUGUCCUCCAUUGGUGUCAGCAUAACUGUUGCAAGACAUGGAAGGUUGCCCCCACGCAAAGGAUUUGCUACACAUAAAUUUCUUCCACGUUGGGACAGAAAUGAACCUCAUUUGCCUCACAGUUAUCUGCAUUUCAUUCUGGCGGCAUAUACUGAGAAGCUGCAUGGUGCCUUUUUGUGUAUAUGUGACAUGUGGGGUGUGCCUGAAGUCCCCAUGUGUGAUUCCUUGCAGUUUCCUACCCCGAUGUUACUUCCCCGUAGGAAACCACCAGCCUUGAUAAUGUUCCUCCUUAUAAAAAGUUUCCUUGGUAUAGAAAGCUAGCAUGUGCAAGGUGUUCUUCUUUCACAAGAACGCCUUUCAGCUGUAGACAACUGAUGUUGCAGCCAGGGAGAAUCCAGCUCCCAACCAUCUUGGAUUCAAAGCAUAUGGCCCUUCCUAAGGGAAAAUAGUCUAAUGGAAGGAGAAAUAAGGGUGAAAUUCUAAAGGAAACAUCUGUCUCACUACAAAAGCCCAAUACAGAGAAGUCCUUGGUCCAUCUCGCUCAGUAUUGAGAGGCAAUGGUUCUUCAGGGUCUUAGGCAGGGCUUUUUCACAUCACAUCAUCUGCUACCUGGAGAGGAAUAUGGGAAACUCCUUUUACACAGAGUCAGACCAUUGGUCAGUCUCUCAGUAUUUUCUUAAGCUGACCGGCAGUUGCUCUCCAGGAUUUCUGACAGAGGUCUUUCCCAGCCCUACCUGGAGAUGCUGGGGAUUGAAGCUGAGACCUUUUUGCAUGAAUGCUCUACGAGUUUCCCAAACUUGAUUAUCCAGCAGUUGGUGGACUACAAUUCCCAUCAACCCUAGCUGCCAAUACCAAUGGUCAGAGAUGAUGGGAGUUGUAGUCCAACAACAGCUGCAGGCCCAAGUUUGGGAAACCUUGUGCUCUACCAUCAAACUAAACCAUCUUUUACUCAUUUUUCAAUGCUUAAGAUGUUUUCAUGGCUCUUUUGAUGAUUUUAUCCCUGUACUCCGUCUUACUAUAGCUUUCUCAUAGUGAAGAUUACAAAUUUGUAAACAAAUAAGCAUAAGAUAAAGUACAGCCCCACCUCAACUGAUGGAUAUAUUGCAAGUUAUAUAGACUAUCCAUUUGACAUUGCCACUCAUUCAAGAAGGUGGGAGAAUAAAUUGCGGGAAGGAGACUUCAAAUUUCCAAUGCUGCUUCUGUACACUGUGUCCUUUCUUUUCAGGUGUUCAGUUUGAAAUCGACCUGCCCAACAAGAAGGUGAAUAUAGAGUCAGAGCACAGUGUUGACACCUUACUGAACACCCUGAAGAAAACUGGGAAGGAUGCCUCCUACCUUGGAGACAAGUAGCCACACAGGAAGGCUUGACCAGUAGGGCUACUGUGCUUCAGGAAAGGUCAGUUGCUAGGAAUACUCUUAAGCCACUCAGGGCAGAAUGCUCAAGAUGAGAAGUAUACUGAAAACAGCAACCCCCACAUUGUAUAAGAAACAAAAUGUAUGAUGUGACAGAAAUCUUGCUCAGAGUUUCCCUCCUCCAGUGACUUCAUAGACUGGACUGAAGUGAGGGCAAGGAAACUCUUAACUGGAUGACUUCUCUUUUAUAUAUAAUAUCAGAGGAGGAGAUAGAUCCUGUGCCAUAUAUAAAAACUUUCCCUGCAAGCCCUGAUAUUUUAUGUCCAUUGAAGCCGGCCUCUUCUUUUGAAGUAGAGGAGCUGGUGCUGUAUACAAGCUAGGACUCAAAUCCAGCAAAUUGUGCGUAAAUCAUCUGCGACUGUGUGUGCCAGGCAUUUUGAAACCCCGCAAACCAGCUGUUUGGCAAGGACAGGGGCAACUGAAUCCUGCGACUCCCAAGGAUCUUCUCAGUGGGAUUUCAGCCUUGUUUAAAGGAGGGAUGUUUCUGGGCUCUGCUCCCAUUGGACCCAAACCAGCAUGGCCAGCAAUAAAAGAUGAUGGAAACUGUUACUUGACAAUAUCUGGAAUGCCACAGGUUCCUCAACUGGCUUCAUAGUCUAUACACGUGGAUCCAUUUGUGGAACUGAUUUUACAGUGCCUGUUUAUUCUAGCUCAUCUGGGUGUGCAUAUCUUGAUUGGGCCAUGAAGCUUUGCAGAGCCAUGGAGGCCACAAGCUGUGGCCUUCAGUUGCCAUCACCUGAUGCUCAUUUUUCUGUCUUGCUGUGGUGUCUCAUAAAACUUGAUUUCCCCCCCCCCCAAGUUGUAUGGCUUAGUAGGAAAGGGGGACCCAAGAUUACCCCAGCAGUGUGCUGCAGGAGAUAUGCAUGCACUGUGGUCUGGUGUGAAACUGAUAACCCUGUCGCAUAGUUUUUUGUAAUGGACGGAGCUCUGUCCUUCCCCAAACCUUCACUCUUUCUCAAGGUUGGGAACCUGUUUUUAAACUCUUUAAAAAUACUUGGUUCUUGGUUACACGAAAUAAGAAAUACAUAUAAGCAUAUAAAGAGAGAGGGAAACAAGAUAAGAGCUCCCUUCUUUUUGAACACUUCCUUAACUUUUCCAGAGAGUGAAAUUGCCUAGUCCAGAAAUAUCUUCUGAGCCUAUCUGGUUACUUUCACACCAUUGAUUGGCCCUGAAUUACCAGAAGUGAAUUACAUUUAGCACUGGGGUAGGAAUUAACGGCCUUCCCCACCAUCAGCAGCACCUACAAAGGUGCCCCAUUAAGUCUGUACGGAUAGCAAACUACCAGUUUGGUUCUGUUGCCACUGUGGCACUAAGGAGAAAAUACCUUCAAAAAUUAUCGUCUGCACGCUGCCAGUGUUUUUGCAGAAUUGCUGGCUGUCCUGUGGUUGCAUCAAUGUGGGAACAAUAACAAAGAGGUUUUUUUGUGUUGUUGUUGAGGAAUGUUCUGCUCCUUGUGCACUGAAAAUUUAAGCCUUCAUUGAACGUACCGGUUGUUCACACAAAAACACUUUAUAGCAGUAGGAUUGAGUGGGGCAUGUUUGCAUGAGAGCAGCAGAACCUAAUAACUUUGAGUCUUUCCAAAGUACACAGGAAACAUUGGUCCGACUCACAUUAAAUGGACAAGAUUUUUAUUUUGGCUGUAUUUAGGCCCAGUUCUGCAUGCCUUUUUCUCUUUAAAACAAGUUCUGCACACUAAAAAAAUCAAAAUCCUGUGGCACAAUAAUGAUUCUGUACACAACAAAACUGAAUUAUUUGAUGCACAGUCUGCUUUGCACAACACAGCUGCUGCUCAUCAUGAGAACCAGGGGGGAGAGAAAUAGAUCUGUAAAAUAUUAUUUGCCUAUCUGCUUUUACUACUGAAGAUUCUAUUCUGCCCUCCUACCACCCUGGGUUCUGAGUUUUAGUAGGCAUUGGCUGCGCACUAGAAUGCAGGCAUGCUAAUGCCACAUCCGCACCAUGAUGCCACUUCAAACAGUCACUUGGUGUCCACAAAAAGAAUUCUGGGAGCUGUAGUUCGUUAAGGGUACCGAGAGUUAUUAGCAGACCCCUAGUCCCCUCAGAGCUACUAUUGCCAGAGUGGUUUAACAAUCAAUCCCUCUUCACAGGAAACUCUGAGAAUUGUAGUUUUGUGAGGGGAAUAGGGGCCUUCUAACAAGGUGUGGGAGGAAUUGUAAACACACAAGUCAGGUAGGUAGGUAACCCACCAAACCAUAUACAGCCAAACUGCUUGUAGAUGCCAGCACACCAAGGACUUUCCUUCCUUCCCACCACCUUUUGUCUGCCAGGAACUGCAGCGAUGGGUAGCAGGAGCAGAGCAUCAAGCACAUUAUAGGCCGCAAGAAAAGAUUUCUGCCUGCUUUCCACACACCAGGGGGAGCAGCAGUUGUAGUAGCCUGCAGUAACCGGCUGAGGGCCCCCCAAAGCAGCCUUUGUUUAAAAUGGAUGUUCCUUCUAGGUCCCACCAGCAGAUGCUGCCCUUGCCUAACUCUCCACCCUUCCUUUAUUUUGCAGCAACGCUUAACAUGGCUUCAGUCCGAAGGCGGCUGUUUACACUUCUGUCAAUCUUCCUUUGACCACAGUUGCCCUGCCAGAUGUUGGAGAAGAGGGGAAGGGUGGGAAGAAGAAGAAGAAGGCCUUUGGUGGGGGAAGGACUAUGAGAAAUUUGACCGCAGAUGUCCCACAUACCGUCCUACAGCUGUAGUGUUUCUUCUAUUUGGCUUUGUAAUAAAACUUGGAUCUGCUAUAUUCAAGUAAACGCCGUGGCUCUUAGUAUAUAUCUUUUAAGCCCCGUUUUCUUUUUGGUGGGGCAGGGGCUGACUUUUAAAAAUGAGUACCAAUCGUGAGCUGAUUUAUUUCAGUCCACCAAUGAGAUAAUAUUCUAACGAGAUGAACUGAGCAUUGCUAGGAUACAUCAUUGGGUGCCAAGGAGUGUAGCUCAGUGCUAGAGCAUCUGCUGUGCAUGCACAAGGUCCCAGGUUUAUUCCCUGGCAUCUCCAGUUAGGGCUGGGAGUAUCCCACCUGAAAUCUUGGAGACCCACUGCCAAUCAUUGGGGGCAAUCCUGAGCUUGAUGGACCAAUGGUGUCACUCGGUAUUAGGCCACUAGGUUACAAACACAUAUUCUUAUUGGACCAAAAUUCUCCAGUGGCAACAUAGAACCAUGUGGCAUAGUGGAUCGAGUGUCAGACAUGUCAGGGAGGUGAAAUCUCUUGUCUUAUGUGCAGAGUGACACUUGGAUACAUUUGACGAGUGACCUUAAACAAGUUACUGCCUCUUCAGCCUAACCUACCUGCCCAAGAUAGUGGGCCAUUAGAAAUGGGAGAACCUCAUUUGUAUUGCCUUGUGCUCCUUGAAGGAAGGUAGGAAGCAAAUGUAGUGUGUCUUUGUCCUUGUACAUUGGUACCUCGGGUUAAGUACUUAAUUCGUUCCGGAGAUCCGUUCUUAACCUGAAACUGUUCUUAACCUGAAGCACCACUUUAGCUAAUGGGGCCUCCUGCUGCUGCCGUGCCGCCAGAGCAAGAUUUCUGUUCUCAUCCUGAAGCAAAGUUCUUAACCCGAGCUACUAUUUUUGGGUUAGCGGAGUCUGUAAACUGAAGCGUAUGUAACCUGAAGCGUAUGUAACCCAGGGUACCACUGUACUUCCAGAAGAGCAUCUGCACUUCUUUCUGCUGCUAUUGAGAAGAAACGAGCCAGAAAUGGCUGUGGUCACUUCAGUUUAAUAUUAAGACAAGAAUAGAGACGGCCUUUUUAUUUUUUAUUUUUUUGGUUGAGGAGUGGGGAAAUGUUCUCACGCUGCCUGCACCAUUUUAUUGGGGAAUCAGUGGCAGAAGAUAGAGCAUCUGAGGAAAAAUCCAAGAGAAGGUGCUGUGAGCAAAUAAGCAAUAAUAGUUGUGUUAAUAUCCCACAGCUAGCACAUCUCUGGAGAGCUAAGCUAAUUUCCCUCAUAGGUCUCAGGAGUAGGUGGUUGUUUGGAAACUAUAACAUUUUCCAUCACAACAGUAUACACUGCCAAACAGAGGUCUUGAGUAAGGAGAGAUGUGCUAGCUACAGAGAUGGGUCUCUCUUCUCUCCCCCCACCCUUUCCCAGCUAUGAGUUCAUGAAAUUUCCUUCUCUUUAUCUGUCCUAAAUGUCAAUAACAAUUGUCGCAAUGCCAUGAGAGUCUGUAAAAUGAAUCUGAAAUGUGAAUCUGAGAAAUGCAACCAAAACAAACCUAACAGCUGGGGAGUGGCUUGUUCAUUUCAUCUCCCCCCUACCCCGCCCCACUUAAUCACAAUAGAAAUGGUGGAUGAGGUUUCCUUGUCCUUUAAAACACACAUAUACACACACUACACCUUCCAAGACAAACUUUGGCACUCUAAACUCUAUCUAUCAUCUAUCUAUUUGGAUGUUGCCCUUCAAUGAAGGAUCAUAGGGCAGUUUACAAUAUGAAAACAAAAAAAAUACAUAUAGUAAGCAAUGAGAACAAUACUCUCCUCUGUUUAAAAGGCCAUAGAUUCUCUAAUUAGCCAAAGGCCUAAGAGAAGAUGCCUAAAGAUACGUAAUGAAGGCACUAGGUGAGCCUGAUGCCUAAAGAUACGUAAUGAAGGCACUAGGCGAGCCUCCCUGUGGAGAGCAUUCUACAAGCAGGGAGUCACCACAGAAAAGGCCUGUUUUCAUGCUGCCACCCUCUAGCAAAGGAGGCACAGGAAGAGCAACCUCGCAUGAUGAUUGCAGGGCCCGGGAGGUACAUAUGGGGACAGGCAGUCCUUGACGUAUUGCAGUCUUCGUUAAGGCUUAGUAGGGCAAAACCACACUUGGAAUUGGGCCCAGAAACUAGUUGGCAGUUCAGAUAGGAUUGGCAUUAUAUACUCAAUCCAUCUUGCACAGGGCAGAACCUGGCUUCCAAAUUCUGCACCAGCUGAAGUUUCCGAACCAUCUUCAGAGGCAGCCCCAUGUUUCAUACAUUGCAGUAAUCUAACCUAGAGGUCACCAGAGCACAGAUGACAGGAGCUAGGUUAUCCUUGUCCAUAUAGGGGCGCAGCUGGACCACCAGCCCAAGCUGAUGGAAGGUACUCUAUGCCACUGAGGCCAUCUGAGCCAUGUGAGGCCAUCUGAGCCAAGGAUCCAGGAGUACCCCCAAGCUACAUACAUGCCCCUUCAGAGGGAGUGUAACCCCAUCAAGAGCAGACCACCUCCCAUCCAUCCAGUCUAACGGACCACCCACUAACAGCGCCUCAGUCAUAUCUGGAUUGAGUUUCAGUUUGUUGGUUCUCAUCUAGUCCAUUACCAAUGCAAGACAACAGUCCAGCACAUUCACUGCCACACCUGCAAGUGUAAAUAAGAAGUAGAGCUGUGUGCCAUCAGCAUAUUGCUGGCAACGUACUCUCAAACUCUGGAUGAUGCCACUCAGCAGUUUCAUGUAGAUGUUAAACAGCAAGGAGGAUAAAAUUGAGCCCUGAGGAACUCAACAUUGAAGGCUCCACAGGGCUCCUCAAGCAUUAACCUCUGGAAACGACCAUCCAAGUUGGACCACCCCAAAGCAGGGCCAUCCAUCCCUAGCUUAGACGGCCACUCCAGAAGGAUGUCAUGGUUGAUGGUAUCGAAAGCCGCUGAGAGGUCGAGGAGAAUUACCAAGGACACAUUUCAUCAUCAUACAGGGUGACCAAAGCAGUUUCUAUGCCAAAACUGGGCCUAAACUCCAAUUGAAAUGGAUCUGGAAAAUCAGUUUCCUAGAUCAGGUCUGUGACUAUCUGCUCAAGAACCUUGCCCUAGAAGGGGAGACUGGCAACUGGUCAGUUAUUACAGUGGUACCUUGGUUCUCAAACGCCUUGGUUGUCAAACAACUUGGAACCCAAACACUGCAAACCCGGAAGUAAGUGUUCUGGUUUGCGAACUUUUUUCGGAAGCUGAACAUGCUCUGUUUUGAGUGUUAACGCUUCCGAUUUGAGUGCCACACUUCUGUAUUGAUUGCCACAUUUCCUUUUUGAAUGUUACGCUGAGGUCUGUGUUUUUGCUAUUUAUUUUGCGUUUUCGUGGCUCUUUUGUGUGUGUGUGUGCCUGUGUGGAACCCAGUUCAGCUACUGAUUGAUUGAUUGAUUGAUUGUGUGACUGUAGUACGUUGUUUAUUGCUUUCCUUUUAUGGAUCAAUGGUCUCGUUAGAUAGUAAAAUUCAUGUUGUAUUGCUGUUUUAGGGGUUGUUUUUAAAAGUCUGGAAUGGAUAAAUCCAUUUUGCAUUACUUUCUACGGGAAAGCACGCCUUGGUUUUGGAACACUUGGGUUUGGGAACGGACUUUCGGAACAGAUUAAGUUUGAGAACCAAGGUACCACUGUACUUAGAUUUUCCAAAUCCAAGGAGGACUUCUGAAGGAAUGAUCUUGCUGCUGCCUCCUUGAACCAGGCAAUGGGACUUAUCACCAUAAUUCUGUAUAUGUGUACUCCUAGUGAAUUCAAUUAAACUUACUCUCCUGGCUAAGCAUGUAUAGGACUGCAGUCCAGGUGUCCAUAAUUCUACCCUGGAUUGUGGCCAUAUCUCUCCCCCUUCGCACACACACACUCCAGCAUUAAAGCAUUCUUAUUAUUUGUUUAAGCCUUACUAAGAGCAUUUGAGGUGUGUGACAGAAUCAUGUCCAUUAAUGCUGGCGAAGAAUCAAUCUUCUGAAACUUUCUGGGUUUCAUGCGCUCAGUUUCUCCACUGGAUCAUUUGAGUUAACAGCUAGUUGACUCUUGUUUACCUAUUUAACAGCUUUUCCUUUUAGUUUCUGGCUAACCGUAAAUGUAUGGAAACACUGGGUAUUUAGUUUAAAGCCCUUCAUAGCUAAAAUUAGAGUGUGGCUCUUCCAAGGAAGGAGAAUGAAAUCAAAACACACAAACAAAAGGGCUUAACUUUGCUUGCUGGUGGUGGAGUAGCAACAUUUAAAGUAGUUCUUGCAGUCUGCUGCUAAACACUUACUUGGAAUAUGUUCAGGAUCGCAGUUGCAGGGCACAGGAGCUCAGCCGGUUAGAGUGUGAUGCUGAUAAUGCCAAGGUCGCAAUUUUGAUCUCCGUAUGGGGUAGCUACAUAUUCCUGCCUUGCAGGGGGUUGGACUAGAUCAGGCACCCCCAAACUCGGCCCUCCAGAUGUUUUGGGACUACAAUUCCCAUCAUCCCUGACCACCGGCCCUAUUAGCUAGGGAUGAUGGGAGUUAUAGUCCCAAAACAUCUGGAGGACCAAGUUUGGGGAUGCCUGGACUAGAUGAUCCUCAGAGUCCCUUCCAACUCCACAAUUCUAUGAUUCUAAGAUGAUAAUGGUUUUGGCAGCUGGACACCUGGGGACUUCAUACAGCCCUUCUCCCUGCAUUAAAUGGGAUAUGAGGUGCUGUUUAUUGAGCAUUCGUCUUGAUUUGUUUGCAGGGACAAUGUUAGACAAUGUUGGCUAUUUACCGGGCAUUCGUUCCAAUUUGUUUGCAGGGAGGUUAGAUGAGGUGCCAAAGCAAGUGUUAUUUUGUACUUUCCAGUGCAUUUUCCAGAUUUUAUUUGUGAUUUUACUGUGUAUUUCACGUAAACCACUUAGAGGCUUCGAUAAACUAUAUAUAAACAUCCUUAAAUAAAUAGGUAGUCAGCCUGGCAGUCACUCCUCUCCAAUUCCAAACAUUCUCCCCAUCAGCUGAAGAAAAGGUCAGGGUGGUCUAAUCCCUCUGCCUCCCCAUGACCAAAAUAAGAAUAAUAAAAAAAGUUUCUUCAGAUUUCAUUGCUUAAUGAACUAAACAAGAUUCUCGGCAUACUCUAUAAGCAGGCAGUGAAUGCUUAGAGUGGAGAAUCUGUCCUCCUUUACAGGGCUUAUAGCUACCAUGCUGCUCCAAAACUGUCCUCUCAGAACCAAUAACAUAUCAUUAGUAUAGGACUCACAGUUCUCUUUUCCUCUGCCAUUAUCUCUUAAUGGGUUCGGAAAGCCUGUCUUUACUGCAUAUGUAAUUUUCCCGAUUCUUUCUUAGUGUGACAGGUUUUAGUUAGCCUCUUCCUCUUCCAGCUCUCUAAUAACCAGAAUCUUUCGCCUCAGGCCCUUGGUGUGUGGUGUCACUGUCUUGUGCUGCAAUAUUAUGAGUUCAUUUUGUGGCGUUUGUUCCGCCCCCCCCCCCCGCCCCGUCUUUUCCCUUCAGUAUUUCAGCUCUAAGGUAUGAUAUCUGCUCUUUAGCCAUAAGGAAGCUACAAUAUGCAAGACUGGCAACAUAUAUUAAUUAAAGGCAGGGCUUUUUUCAGCUGGAUCUUGCCAGAACUAAUUUCCGGCAUCUCUCAGGUGGGCGCCAUUGCCAUUCUAAGAGAAUGAGGGAGGUGUUCGUGGCAACUCUUUUUCUAGAAGAAGAGCACUGCUUAAAGGUAUAUCCUGACAGAUACAGAUUGGAACAAAAGAUGAUGGAAGAGAAGAUAUCAGAAAAGGUGGGGAAGCUAGCUCUUCCUUUGCCCCUGUUACUGUCUGGGCACAAUUCAUAAUGUGGCUUUUUUAAAUUUCUGAGGACAGUUGUUGAUGGCGGUUUCAUGGCAAUGGCCACCCCGUGUUUGAGUGUUUCCCUUUCUUUCAUCAGAAUUACAUUUGCCUCUGAAUUCCACUAAAAACAGAACUGUGCUCACCAUUUGUGCUUUUGUUGAAUCACAGAAGCACUUUGAUAUCGCCGAAACCCAAUUCUGCAGUGUCUUCAGGAAUUUCAGAGAGUGUUUUAGUACUAUGACAACAAGAAUUAUGUGUUCUCCCCAUACCUAUAUCUUUGUGAGGUGUGUGUGUGUGUGUGCGUGCAUGCCACUUAUGUACUGAACCAUCUAAUGUAACCUCAUAGAAAAACUUUUUCAUUCCAAGUUGCCUUUAAAAUUAUGAAUGUUUAUUCCCUGAGUUCAACUGGUUGAUAUUAAGCAGGCUUCCUCAACCUUGGCCCUCCAGAUGUUUUUGGCCUACAACUCCCAUGAUCCCUAGCUAGCAGGACCAGUGGUCAGGGGUGAUGGGAAUUGUAGUCUCAAAACAUCUGGAGGGCCGAGGUUGAGGAAGCCUGAUAUUAAGUGAUCACAACCUUAAGCAUACAGUGCCCAUGAUGCAGUGCAACUGCCAAAGAAGCACACAUGUGACAAACCUAUAACCAUUAAUGCAGCUGUAGGCCUAUGCAGCUCAUGAUGAAAAUACAGUUGGUAGAGCAUUAGACUCUUAAGCUCAGGGUUGUGGGUUCAAGUCACACUUUGGGCAAAAAAGAUUUGUGCAUUGCAAGAGGUUGGACUAGAUGACCCUUGGAGUCCCUUCCAACUCUACAAUUCCAUGAUUCUACAUGUGCAUGUAAAAAAAAAAAAAAAGACUCUAACUUAUUUUGUUACAUCAAAAUAAGCAUAAUUACUUGAAUUGUUUGGAGGACUGACAAGCCACUUCAGGAAAGGGAAAUUUUGAGCAAAGAAGCAAUUCCAAUGUAAUGCUUAGCUCUUUCCUGAGCCACCUUUUCUCCAUUCCAUUUUGACUCGAAACCACUGUUCCUCCCAUGGGGUUACAAGCAUAUACAGUGGUACCUCUGGCUACAAACCUAAUUCGUUCUGGAGGUCCGUUCUUAACCUGAAACUGUUCUUAACCUGAGGUACCACUUAAGCUAAUGGGGCCUCCUGCUGUGACUGCGCCGCCCCCACAUGAUUUCUGUUCUCAUCCUGAGGUAAAGUUCUUAACCCUAGGUACUACUUCUGGGUUAGCAGUCUGUAAUCCAAAGUGUUUGUAACCCAAGGUGUUUGUAACCCGAGGUACCACUAUAUUUGUCAGAUGUGGAACUUCUGGGGAAGAGAUAGUGGCAUGCAUAGAAAGAGUUAAACGACACACACAGAGCCUGCCACUAUUUUUCACUAAAGUGUCUCCUCUUUUUCUUUUAAAAAACUGGUUUCAUUUGUGUGUAAUGUUUCAUUAGAUACCCAAGCCAGCAAUUUCAGCUCCCUGAAGAGUCGGACACAACUAAACAUCUAAACAACAACAGAAGAAACAGCACCACAUGUGGAACAACCCAAAAUUGCUGAAUGGGCAGAAAUAUUUCCUACAGAGAUUUCUGCUCGGGAUUAGGAAAGCAGGACUGAAAGCAGACUUUCACACAACCUUAACAGUGGAUAGUGGAGGCCACCAUCUGUGGUCCAAGUCAGAAACACAAGAGUUCACAGAGUCCAAUUGUUUGUGACUGGGGUGGAAUCUACACACGUGUUUAAAAUGUGAAAAUGCUUUUUAAAAACUGUUUUAGCUCACCGUCAUCAUCUAGUGUCACAAUUGUAUACUGCACUUUACAACACAUUCAAAACAUUUUAUUUGCAGCUGUAUAGCUGAGUCUCUAGCGAUGUAUCAAGGUUGUGUAAUGGAGGCACAGGGCCAAUCUUGUUUGGACUGGUUUCUGAUGAAGAUGAGAAGAUAACUGAGUGAUUUUAAUUUAAUAUAUCAAUCUUUUAUUUUUCUUACGGAUUUAUAGGUUGCCUUCUACAUGUGUGUCAAGGCGACUUACAAACAUAGAGAAACAGUUUUAGAAACAGUUGAAAAAUAACCGAAAUUAGAUUUAAAAACAAUACACAAUGAACAUCUAAAGCCAGAGUCCUUUUCAUCUGACUGGAAAAGCUUGUCAACUGCAUUCAGUUGUUUCUGGAAAGUGCAAAUUGUGAGCACCUGCCAUAUCUUGACAGGGGCAGCCACAAUGAAAAGUCUGCUCCGAGUUCCUGUGGAAGGGGGUUCUGGUAUGUUUGGGACUCUUAGGAAAAACUGGUCUGCAGAAUGCAUUGACCUGCAUGGUAUAUAAGGAAUAAGGUAGUUUGUGGGCAUCUAUGGGCAUUUCAUUGUGCUGUGGUUCAAGCUGCCAUCACCUGAAGCAGGGCGGGACAAUAAUAUUGAAAAGGGAGAACUUCCAAACUGUUUCUAUUGGUGGAUGAGAUUCAAUUCCAUAUCAGCGAAUUCAGGUUGUGCAAUUAAUGUUGAUUUGGGACUCCUCCAGAACAAAUGCAUUCUGCACACACACAUGCCCCACAGUCAGGGCCGGAUUUAGGUUUGAUGAGGCCCUAAGCUACUGAAGGUAAUGGGACCCUUUAUAUGUCCAGCUGUCCUUUGUCAACAACAAAUUGUCGCUGUUUCUUUUGUUGAAUAUAUGCUAUAUGGUAAUUUAUGGACCUAAUAGGUAUCUAAAGCUAUUUGCACAUAACAAAUAGGAGCCUACACAACACAAAACACUGUUGCUGUAGGUAGGUUUUAUUUUAUUUGUUUUUUGUUUUAUAUUUUGCAAAUGUACAUCCAGGUUUUUUUCCUUUACAUUUUUUGGGGCCCCCCAAGAGAGUGGGGCUCAAACUAUAUCUUCUUUAGCUUAUACGUAAAUCCGGCACUGCCCGCAGUCAGAUUUUGUGAUGGGGAUAAUACUUGCUUGACACAAUGGCACAUAACUUGUGUACAAAGAAAUCAAGAGGAACGCUCCUUAAAAAGCAACCAGAGAAACAAAAUAUGCCUUGUUGCUGCCUUGGCUAUUCUUGCCUCAUUUCUCCACCCCUUUAAUACUCUCGUCUUGCUUUCUUGUGCUCCUUUAAAGUCCUUAUUUAUUUUUCUAAGGUCUUCUGCGGCAGCAGAGGUGGGUGGGGGGAGCGACCAGCUGUAGCACCGAGGGAAUUCGCCAAGCAGCUGUUGAAAUACAGAGGCAUCCUGGAAAUGCUAGUACAAAUAUGUAACAGAUUGUGGAGGAUUAGAACUGUGAGCAAGCAAAUCUAUCAAAGGGAAGCCAAUGCACAGCUUAUAGUGAUAUUAUUUGAAGGACCCAGGAUUGCUUUAUCAUUCAAUUAUGUCUGCCACCCAAGAAAAGGUGGGUGCAAGCUGGUCCUGAAAUGGGACCUGCUGCCUUCUGUUUUCUGACCACAUCUACUACAAAAUUAAAACUGGCUUUGAGUCAUUCUGUCUUCUCCAAGAACUGUAAUUCUGGGAAAGGGCAAUAGAGAUCUGUAAUAGUGGGUUCUUAGCAUCUCCGGGAACCACAGCUACACCCUACUUCAGCAGCAGCAGCAACAACAUGGAAAGCGAACUGUUUUCCUGGGAUUCUCUCCCAUGGUGCUGCUGCAAUGUUUGAGGGCCCAGCACCUCACGGAUGGAGUCCACCGUCACACAGCUUCAUCCCAAGCAGUUGCCACAUGUCAUCAUCAUGCUCGGCACUCAUCGGGAGAAGAGAAACACUGAGAGUGGUGAUAUCAUGCCACAUGCCACGAGGGAUAAAUGUGGGCCUGCGAGGGCCAUGCUCCCCCUGUAAUUAGGCAUUUACUUCUAAGGGAACAAGACUAAGAUCGGGCAUGCAUUACAACUGCUGUUUCCAAACAAUGGUCUUUUGUAGGGCUGCUGGUUUCAAGCAAUGGGCUAUGAUUCUAUACUAUUGCUACUUUCUGGCAAUGGUCUAUGUGUUGGAAGCAUCAGGUCUGUAGUGCUGCUCUUCCCCCAACAAUCAUGACUCAACUCCACACAAUUGGCGUCCUUGGGAUCUACAAAGGACAUUCGGACUUGGUGCAACUACGUACAUAAAAAUCUACCACUUGGAAGUGAAUAAGACUGGCUGCUUCUAAGCAAACUGCUGAUAUUUCCACAAAUCAGUAUCUUUCUGGAAGAAUAGGCAUGUACUACAAGACUCUUUGUUCUUAAUAUCCUUUCCUGUCACCUGAGUGGCUUUCCCCCCAGCCGUGAGGAUUUAUUAGUUAGCACAAAGUUGCUCCCACUAUCUAAGGGAUAGCUCAGUCAGUAGAGCAGCGGUUCUCAAGCUGUGGGUCCCCAGAUGUUGUUGGACUACAACUCCCAUCAUCCCUGAGCUCUGGCCUUGCUAGCUAGGGGUGAUGGGAGUUGUAGUUCAACAUCUGGGGACCCACAGCUUGAGAAAGGCUGCAGUAGAGCAUGAGACUCUUUAAUCCGUGGGUAGGCAAACUAAGGCCCAGGGGCUGGAUCUGGCCCUCUCGCCUUCUAAAUCCGGCCCGCGAAUCAGCAUGUUUUACAUGAGUAGAAUGUGUGUUUUUAUUUAAAAUGCAUCUCUGGGUUAUUUGUGGGGAAUAGGAAUCCAUUCCUCCCCCCCCCCCAAAAAAAAUAUAGUCUGGCCUUCCACAAGGUCUGAGGGACAGUGGACUGGCCCCCUGCUGAAAAAGUUUGCUGACCGCUGCUUUAAUCUCAGGGUCAUGGGUUUGAGCCCCACAUUGGACAAAAGAUUCCUGCAUUGCAGGGGGUUGGACUAGAUGACCCUUCUAGGACCCUCCCAACUCUACAUUUCUAUUAGGAAAUUGCCAGGAUUUCAAAGGCAGAAUUGGCAUCUGGGGGGAAUUUCUGAAAGGCCACGCUUUGUCCUGGAUCUUAGCGUUUUUGUUUUUAAAAAAGCUCAACAACUUUUGUGUUUUCCCAAGAAAAGCUCAACAAUUUCGAUGUUUUUUUUUACUUUUGGGGUGUCCUGGUUUUUACUUUUUGAAAUAUGGCAACCCUAUUUCUACGAUUCUGUGAUUCUGUGUUUACAAUCAAAGCCUCGUAUGUACUGGGUGGUGUUAUUUUGGAAAUUCACUUCCCAGGCAGUAGGAGUGCAUUUGUACAACUUCUUCUAUCCCAGCCCCGUUUACCCAUAAACCAAAUGAGCCGUUAAUUAUAAGGAGCUGAAAAGCUCUGGCUAUUUAAAAACAUCUGUAAAGUAACCAGCAAGGCUGCUUUGGUUGCAGAGUGUGGGGGGUGGAGAAACAAGGCAGUAGUAUGGAUUUUUAAGGGAGAAUGGGAGGAUUUCAGGGAAGAUAUGGUUCUCCUUAUGUGCCCACUGUAGGAAGUAUUGACUUACCACCUAAUGUGCUUUUGAAACCUGCUCUGUACAGUAGAUACAGGCCUGCCUUUGAAGAGUGUGCAGAAAUUUCAGCUGGUGGAGUACGCAGUUGCUCAAAUCAGUUAUGUAGACAGGUCCCUGGGAGUAUGAUUACACAAAUGCUCCAGCUGAGAGAGGCAUUAUCCAUCCUCAGUCACAACAAGUGGCCCCAGAUAAAGCAGCACAUCUCCGCCUGCAUUCAAAGAUGUUUUCAGCCAGUUCUGGGGGACUCAGCUGAGCAUCACUCAGCAGACAUAGAUGAUGCACAUCAGGGCCGUCUUAAGUAUAUCUGGCGCCGUGGUACAAAGAUCCCUCUGGCGCCCCCACCCCCAUUUCCCAGAGUUGUCGACCUUUUUACAGCACUGCCGGCAGCUUUGCGGGGCUGGAGGAGGCAGGCAGCGGCUGGAGGGUGGCUCCUACGCAGAGGAUCCGGGCACGGUGUUGCUUUGGCAAGGGCAGCAAGCUGAUGCCGGGAGGUGCCACACCCAGCCUCCGCCUCUUCCCUGGCGCCCUCCAGACCUUGGUGCCCUGGCGCCCUGCUCCACUAGCCUCUAUGGGCAAGACGCCCCUGAUGGACAUGAAGAGGCAUAUUAUCCACAUUGGCUGCCAACAUGGGAGCUUGCUUCUACAUGGAUUAUGGCACAGGUAGCCAAUGUGGUGCUCUCCAGAUGUUGCUGGAUUGCAGCUCCCAUUAUUCUUGACCAUUGGUGGCUAGGACUGAUGGCUAGGAGUUGAAGUUGAGCAACAUCUGGAGGGCACCAUGUUGACUACCUCUUAAUUAAGGGAGCAGUGGCAAAUAGGCAUUACGUCUGAAUAAAUCCAGGGAUCAUUUUGCCAACAAAACGUAAACAUGCAAUGAUUAUUAAUGGGGGGGGGGGAGAAUGUAGAGCUGGCUUAACUCUAAAGAAAUCGAGGACUGAUGCUGAAGACCAAAGAUGAUUCCCUCUGUUUCUGAAGUUCAGGCUGUAAGUGCUGCUGCUGAGGUAGCCAAAAGCAACUGCGCAAAAUUAUUAUUUAUUUGAUUUAGAUACCGAGGCCCUUCAUCAAAAGAUCUCAGGGCAGUUGAAAAGAUAAAAGAGCAAACAGUGGGCUCAAAGAAUUCUGGGCGCUGUAGUCUACCCCUCACAGAGUUACAAUUCCCAGCAACUCUUAACAAAGGACAAGGCCCAGAAAUGCUUGAGGGAAAGAAUGUGCUCUCAAUGUGCUGUGCAAGUCUAAUGCAUAUACAGCCACAGAGUGCCCAUUAACCACAGAAUCCUGGCUGACUGUGAUGGAGAAACAGAAAACCAAGGGGAAGGAAAAUGUACUGGAGGGCCAGGAGUCCUGUACAGAGAGCACUCUAUGCUGCAACCUUUUGUUGCAGGUCCUAUUGGUAUAGCCUAAUUUGUUUUUAUUUUUUGGUAACUUCAUUUCAUGGGGUGCCAUCUGAAUGUUCUUUCAGCUAGGGAUAGGGGAGAACUUAAGUGCUACUGGACAAUUUUUUAAUUUUUUAAUUUAUUUCAACUGUGUCAGACCAACAUGGCUACCUGCCUGAAACUAAUUUCUGUCUCCACCCAGGUCAUAUUUUGUACUCUUCUCUUCAGCUAACGUGCUUUUAACCCUUCCACGUGCCAAGAUGGCUGCCUGAUUGAUCUGUUUCUCAAAGAAGAUUGUGGCUGAAGGUUUAUCUGUGUACCACAUCAUGUCUGGCCGUGAGACAAAGUUGUCCUAAGAGGCCAUCUGUACAUGGCCAUCUGUAAAGUGCUUUGAAUUAGAGAUGCAUGCUCAGGGCUAGCUGACUAUAAGAUGAAGAUCCCCUGCUUAUGGCAGUUCCAACUCUACCAUUCUAUGAUUCUCUGAUCUAUUUCAGUUUCCCUAGGGAUUGGAAUUGACUAGCCCAGAAGCUAUACCUCUGGUCUAGUUAAUUUCACCCACACAUUGACUUGUAUUGGGAAGCAGCUGGAAUUAGGAAAAUGAAACGAACAGGCUUUUGCUAACCCAGUGAGCCUUUGAUAACACACCUAUAUACUUGGCUCAUUACUUAUGCAAGGGUUCGGUUCUGGGGAUCCACAUGCAAAAGCAGAAACCCCAGAACCCACCGCCUGGCGAUGUGGAGGGCUGCUUACUGGGCUCUGGGAAAAAGGCUUGAGGGCUCUGGGAGCAUCCCAGGACCCUUGUGUGACCUUCUCAGAGUCCAAUAAGCAAAAAAAACCCCUGCUGGGUGUGUGGGUGGGGAAAAGAAUAAAUAUAUGGAGUAUGGGAAUGUUGGGUUUUCCCUCUCUCUCCAUUUAUUCAUUUAUCCCUCCGUGUAAGGUUGCAUAUGUAAAGUAAAUGUAGGUUGUGGGCCCAUUGCAUGUGCAAUAAAUAGCUAUGGCUUCCCAGAAUGUUUCUAGACAGUGAAUACACAUGUGUGAUCAUCACAAGGGAAGAUUGAGGCACAGAUUGUGCUUCCUGCAUGGAAAAGCAGACCUUUAUACAACUGGAUCCCAAGGACACGGGCACACACCCCUUACUCUGCACCACAGCUGCUUUUAAGAUCCCUUUGCCCAUGGGUAGGCAAACUAAGGUCCGGGGCCCGGAUCCGGCCCAAUUGCCUUUUAAAUCCGGCCCGUGGAUGGUCUGGGAAUCAGCGUGUUUUUACAUGAGUAGAAUGUGUGCUUUUAUUUAAAAUGCACCUCUGGGUUAUUUGUGGGGCACAGGAAUUCGUUCAUUAUUAUUAUUUUCAAAAUAUAGUCUGGCCCCCUCACUGUCUGAAAGACAGUGGACCGAGCCCCCUGCUGAAAUGUUUGCUCACCCCUGCCUGCCUUUUGCCUGUGUUUCACAGUGAGUGGAUAAGUGUAUAGCAUGAGGAGACCACUGUCAAAGGCAUGGACACUAUGAGGGAAAAGACUGAAGACAUUUUAGUUUGUGUCUUGGCUUGCAUGAGAGUGAAAUAGUAGGAGCAGAUGCCCAUCUGGCUGGGUUUCCCCAGCCACUCUGGGCGGCUCCCAACUGAAUAAUAAAAACACGAUAAAACAUCAAGCAUUAAAAACUUCCCUAAAGAGGGCUGCCUUCUGAUGUCUUCUAAAAGUCAGAUAGUUGUUUAUUUCCUUGACAUCUGGUGGGAGGGCGUUCCACAAGGCAGGCACCACUACUGAGAAGGCCUUCUGCCUGGUUCCCUAUAUUCUCACAGUGAGGGAACUGCCAGAAGGCCCUCAGAGCUGGACCUCAGUGUCCAGGCUGAAUGAUGGGGGUGAAGACGCUCCUUCAGGUAUCCAGGGCCAAGAACGUUUAGGGCUUUAAAGGUCAACACCAACACUUUGAAUUGUGCUUGGAAACAUACUGGGAAGCUAUGUAGGUCUUUCAGCACCAGUGUUAUAUGGUCCCAGGAGCCACGCCCAGUCACCAGUCUAGCUGCCACAUUCUGGAUUAGCUGUAGUUUCCAGGUCACCUUCAAAGGUAGCCCCACGUAGAGCGCAUUGCAGUAGUCCCAGUGGGAGAUAACUAGAGCAUACACCACUCUGGUGAGAUAGAGAAAAAAGGCCAACCCGCAAGAGAGCACUAGGUGACCUUGGCCAAUGGGGUUGCCCUGGGCUCCUUGGAAGCUAUGUGCUCAUGAAAAAAAAUACAAGACAAUUCACGUUUGUGGAUUCUUACCAGUUUUUUUUUGUUUUUGUUUAUUUUGACUAGCUAAUGGACCAGCUCAGGAUAAUAAUUUUCUCGAUGUUAUUGAGCAUUCAUUUUCUUACAAAACAGACCAGGCACACUUCCAGACUGUCCCUAUUUCCAGGAGAGAUUCAAUCACAUAUUGGAGCCUGAGCAACACACCCUCUUCCCCCAAAAUUUGACUUUUUGCGAUAAGGAAAUUGAUUGGAAUAGGCAGCAGAAAGUGUGGGUUAACACUUGCUUUGAUGCAAUAUUCUCCAACCUCCCCACAAACAAAUCAGAAUGAAUACUCAUGACUUAGCCAACUAAGUCUAAUCUCCCUGCAAACAAAUCAGGAUGAAUGCUCAAUAAACAAGCCAUUUGGAAGUGCUCCAAACCCAUUUACAAUUGGAUGCUUUGACCAGCUCUUUCGCUGCUACUCUCCCUUGUACCUGACAAAUUCCCUAAUUAGACUUCUGCUUGCAAACCACUUUCCUGCCCACACACACACACACACACACACACACACACAGGUCCUGUCUUAUGCCUAUCACAGUGUAUAUCUGUAUUGGCGUUGCCAGCCCAAGAUGGCUAAGGUGCUUUUAUUGGACUUCCCUAAUAUAGCAGCUAAAAUCAGCAUGUCAGCAUCAUCUGAAUAGGUUUAAUUGAUGAGGACACUAAUAAACGCGCCGGCAGGUGAGCAAAUAUUUUUAUUUUGGAGGAUCACUAUAACCGGCUCAGGAAGACUGGUCAGGACAAAGUUAAAAAUAAAAGACAGGAAAGCUCAGCUCUCCCUAGCUAUGGAAUGCAAAAGCACCACCAAGAGCUGUUGUGUCGCUUCCCUUUGCUCCAGCAAUUUUCUCCGAGCCGGCUCCAGGCUUGGCUUCAAGCUCCUACUUCAGAAAGAGAAGCCAUUCACACUGUUUUUGUUUUUGGUUUGGUGGUGAUUUUCUUUUUUUGGGGGGAGAGGGUGGUGGAGGUUCAAAAAACCUGAAAGCAGGCAUGGAAGAAAACAAGUCAAAAUGAGAUGCAGAAAUGCAGUUUUUGUGGCUGAAUACUCUUGCAAAAGGUCAAGCACAGCCCUGUGAUCCUUUGGUUCUUGUUUCCCUGAGAUAUAAAUUCAUCCCAUUUCAAGAGAGCCGAUUAGCAUCUCUACAUCAGGGGUGAGCAGCUACAGCAGGAAGUAUCUUUGAGGGCGCAGGAUUUCUUUCACAGGGGACAAUGGCCGAUCAAUAGCACUGCAGCUUAGGAGCCUUGUCAAGGGUCCAGCUCUUGUUGACUCCGAGUGAGGUGCUUCAAGCUCUAUGGGAAACCUCACUCAAUAUGUUUGAGCUGCCUAUUGAGACCAUCCAGGCUGGAUUUGCUCAAUAAAUGUUAACCUAUAAGAUUUCUGAUUCCCAAGCUUUCUAAGCCAACAAGCCACUGUUAAUCUUGACAUUUCUUUUCACAGUCCAUGGCUGCAUGUAUUUAUACAGCUCAGCAGUCUAACUUUUGGAGAUGAAGUAAUUCCAGUAUGGAGGAACCUUUUCCUCCUCUGCUAUUUCCAUAGCUGUCAACGUUUCCCUUUUUUUAAGGGAAAUUCCCUUAUUCCAAAUAGGAUUCCUCGCAAGAAGGGAAAAGUUGACAGCUAUGACUAUUUCCUUUGCUUAAGGGCAGUGGUGUGUGUGUGUGUGUGUGUGUGUGUGUGUGUGUGUAAGAGAGAGAGAGAGAGAACUCAAUAGUAUGAAGUGCAGUCACCUCUUUUAUUGUUGCCCAUGGCAGCCAUUUUGUGUUGGCACCCACAAUACUUUUGACAAGAUAUGACAGGGGUGCCAACUUGAAUAAAAUAUGGGGGGGAGGCAUCACAUGACCAUUUGAAUGGCAGUGCCAUUCAAUACCAAAAUAUUUUAGAGGUGGGCAAAGACCCUCUCAACCCCUGAGAGUUGGAUCCUCUAAGAUAUGAUUAAUGCCACCCAGUACCUCAUUUUUAACCAAAAAAGAAGCACUGCCUCAGGACAACAUUUUUUCAUGAUUAUUAAAAGAGGAACAAGGAUGAGCCCUCAUAAAAAUUUUUUGCAGAUGGGCAUAAUGACGUAAAGCUGGAUGACACUGCUUUCUUCAGAAAGUAUCUACACAUCAUCCCGCUAGGGUACUACAGCAUUAUAAUGUCAACAGAGGCUGCCUUUGAGUCCCCCCUAGUCUCACUCACAUGGCCCAGAUGUGCUGCUAUUAACUCACUUAGCGUCGCCGGAGGAUUAUUUAAAAGGGAAUUGGGAAAGGCAUUCUUGUUUUUCUCCCUGGGCCUCUUCUCAGCUCCAGAAGAACAAAGUGUCCCUUUCACAUGCUGGCUAGCAGUUUCCCAAUGCCCACCUGCGAAAAAGAUGUCAUGAUCCUAAUCAGAAGAUUGUGUUGCAUCAGGUCACCAUGCCACAUUUUCUCCGCUGUUAAUGGUCUGCCUUUGAUCCACGGUACCUUUCUGAGGAUUCAUGAGAGGGAUAUUGUCUGUCAAGGACUAUUAAAGAGCAGAUUCAGUAUUGCUGGACUCAGGGGUUGAGAUCCAUGCCUCAGCAACUUUUUUUAAACAACAACAACAGAGAGCUCAGUUUGUUUGCCAAAGUCUCUUCAUAAUUCAGUUCCUCUCCCUGCCCCAGCCCACCCCACACAACUUCUUCAGCUGGUAACUGAGGAAAGCAGAAUCUAACUGAAUGGUCCUAGCUGAAAGUAGGGAUGGACAAAUUAGUCAGUUUUUAUUUUCUCGACUGCUCGUUUCCCCCAGUUCUCUACAUUUCUACAUCAGUUUCCUUUUUUAAAAAAAUAAGCAAGCCCCCAUGAAAAUAUGUUAGAAUUUUUGUGUGAAUUUACUGUAUACGUUUUUGCAAGCAUUUUUGGCCAAAUAUACAUAUUUUUGCAAAUCUGUUUUUCCCAAUAUGAUGCAUUUUUGUAUGUUGUUUUCAGUAACAUAUGCACUUAUAUGCACACUUUACCACAGUAUAUGCAUUUUUUGGUGUGCAUUACUUGGCUGCAGGGCGAAAUCUGGGUAAGUGUGCAAUUUUGAAGGGCAGCGGUGUUUCAGCUCGUGCAUUGUUUAGUAAAAUGCAAAUUGGGCAAUCUCACCUUUCAGUGCCAGCUGAAUUGAAGUUCAAUUGAAGUGUGUAUCUGAAGAAGUGUGCAUGCACACGAAAGUUUAUACCCAGAACAAACUUAGUUGGUCUCUAAGGUGCUACCAGAAAUUAGUGUUAACAUUUCUGUCACAAUGAGUUAGCACAAGCCUUAAGCUUAAAAUAAAUCACAUAUACAGUGGUACCUCAGGUUACAGACGCUUCAGGUUACAUAUGCUUCAGGUUACGGACUCCGCUAACCCAGAAAUAGUACUUCAGGUUAAGAACUUUGCUUCAGGAUGAGAACAGAAAUCGUGCUCCGGCGGCGCGGCAGCAGCAGGAGGCUCCAUUAGCUAAAGUGGUGCUUCAGGUUAAGAACAGUUUCAGGUUAAGAAUGGACCUCCGGAACGAAUUAAGUACUUAACCCGAGGUACCACUGUAUUUUAUUAGGUUUAAAAUAUUCUUUCUGUUUAUUAUUGCCACGUGCUCAGAGCCACUUCUGAGGCAGGAGGAGAAGUGGCUCUUAAGUCUUUCCGUCAAGUAAACAAAGUGAGUGGCUGCCAGGUCCCAGCUGCAAAAACAAAUACAGAUGGGAAUGAUUUUGUCUGUGACUUGGGGACAGGGAGAUCAAAGUGGGAAGGAUGUGCAUCCUGAAGAAGGGGGAAUGGGAGAUUUGUAAUAAAGAGGAUCGCUGUAAUGAUUCCCAGCUCUGCCAAUCAACAGGAGGGGCAGGAGGAUGUACAGCCUUUUGCACUGCAUUGAUUGGAAGUCGCCAGAAAGGGGCUCGCAUCUCCCCUGGCACUUUCCCCCUUCCAGUCUGUGGACUGCUUAGUGCAGUCAUAGGCAAACUUGGCGGCACUCGACUACAAUUCCCAUCAUCCCUGACCACUGGUCCUGCUAGCUAGGGAUCAUGGGAGUUGUAGGCCAAAAACAUCUGGAGGGCUGAGUUUGCCUAUGCCUGGCUUAAUAUGUCAAGAACCAUGGCUCCUGUAAUUGUUCAAGAAGCAGUGAGGCAACCCACUAAAUCGAACCGAUAUGUUUGGAUUUCUUUUCAAAGUGGUUGGUUUUGAUUUGCAAUGCACAUCUUCAGCGGGCAGUCCUUCUGUUACAUAAGCCCUAAGAGCAGAGAGCGAGCAUUUCUUUAAAAGGCAAUAAGGCUGACUAUACUCUGUGGAGCAGAUCCAGAUUUCACCGUAACCGAAACAGCCCUCAAGUAGGCCGUCUGGUUGGCUUUUGGGAGGGGGAGCUAUUCUGGAAAUGUCUGGUGCCACUGUGAUUAUAUUCCAUGGUUUCCUCUUGGUUUCGUACCUUACAUUCAGUAGCUCCACUGACAGAAGGAGCCAAAACUAACAAAGAUGUGGCGCUGGCAGAAUAUCUGGCCUGGGCUUUCCUGUUGAUGGUGCUCUUUUGUGGUGCUGGAGCUGACAGCCCAUGAGAAGGGAGAUGCUUGGGCUUAAGGAGUGAGGAUUUUAUGAACAAAAUCUUUUUUAUUGUUAUUAACAGCAGGACUUCGAGAACUGCACAGCAAGCAGAAAUAAAUAGGUGAAGCUUUUCCCAGCACAGGGGAUGGGGUGCCAAGCCUAUUUUGCCAAGAUUUUGACUGACUGCAAUGGAGAUUUUUUUUCUGUUAGUCAUGCUGCUGUAGCUUUUUGCUGCUGUUUUCGGUGGGUGUGUGGUUUAUGGGUUUUUCUGAAUUGCAUGCUUCAUAGGAUUGCUAGUGCUACUCGAGAGCAGGCUCACUGAAGUUAGCAGACAUAUUGGUGUUGGUUUUUUGUAUGUAAUAAGCAUGGAAAUAAGCAUGAAAAAAAAUAAAAUUAAAAAAGAGGAAGUUAGCAGACAUGGCUAACUUAAUGUUGUUCAUUUCAAUGGGCAGGAUUCAUCAAAUGAACAUCGGCAGGGGUUUGCAGGAUCCACUUCCCAGUCACCCCUGCUCUAAGUCCUUAGGGAGGUGAGCAAUUUUAUCCUCAAAAUGCGUUCCAUUUUGUUUUUGCUUACCAGGAUGAUACAUAUUAAUCAGCCUUGUGUGCCUCUCAGAAAUGUUCUGCCAGAUGGGCUACUUGAGGAUGCAAUGGAGGUGGAGAAGAAAGCUCUUUUGCCACCUUCACUACCAGGCAGGUGUUGCCUUUGCAGAAACCCUUAUACCUUUUGCAUUUAAGCCAUCUACUGGAUGCUACAGAGCAAAUAUACUCAUGGCUCAAAGUUUCCUUGAUGCUGAAUGAAUCUACUUCAUUUGGUGGCCUCACUCAGGAAAAUACAAGAAAUGAGACGGGUUCGGGAAAAGUACCAGAAUGUUCAGGGCUUCUCUAAAAAAAUUAUCACUAAAGAAUGCUCUUUUCUCCUUGCUUUUUGGACCAAAGUUUGCAGAAUUAAACCUACGUUUCUGAAAUCCCAAGAGGAAAGGCUGUGAGCCAGUUUCUUGACACGUCAGCUUGUGUACUGAGUGGCCUAUUUUCCACUCCAGAUGCAAGAUAUCUCUUGGGCAGAAACAGAUGUAGGAGGGAUGAAACCGUUCCCCUUCUAUCCAGCAAAAGACUCAGAAUUUCAUUUGGAAGCCUUCCCCCACACCCCCUUUUAGAGAGAGUGCUGCAGAAAAAUUGCAUGUCUUUAUUUGAUUUGAUUCCUGUCCUGUAUGAUGAAAUUAAAGAUGCCUUUUCUUGCCCCACUAAAUUAAGAUCAAGUCUUACUUCAAGCAUCUUCUUUUAUCAGUGAAGGCAUUAAAAGUCCUUUUAGUAGCCGAUUGGUUUUGUGGCCUGAAUCUAACAAAUCAUCUACACUAGCAACACCUGUGCAAAUGUCAUGCAUUGCGCAUUAAACAGGCAAGUGGAUCGAUAAUGGAAAUAUUUUAUAAAGUGUUUUGAUAUACUUUUUUCUAUAUUUCCUUAGGUUGUAUUAAGCAACCAUGGGCUAUUUGGGGGAGAAAAGGGAAUGUAUAAAAUCGAUAAGAUAAAAUAAACACAGGCCACAAUCCAGCACAAAGCUAGGCAAACAUAACACACACCCCCCCCCAAAAAAGUGAAAGGGCUUAUGCACACUUAACUCUGUUUUGGAUUGUGACAUCAGCAUUUGCGGAAGAGUCGGUGUUAACUCCUCAAACUUAAAACUGGCUACAGUUACUGACAAAUAUUAAUGCUGGCUGUCUAUUAAGAGCUCCACUGUGAUAGUUUCCAGAUGAAUAUGGCCUUCCUUCCUAAGGGGGAGCGGAUCUUCAGGCUUGCAUAACCCCAUUGCAACACCACAACCCAUUCAAAGCCAUGCACAUGUCCCCUGUUUUUUACAGCCAGCAGAUGCACAGGAAGGGAAGGUGUUGAAACAUACAGACACCAGCCAGCUCUCAGUAUUUAGUAGUGUAGUUAGUGACUAAUUGCAAGACAGCAGGAUGAGGUGGGCCAUUUCCACUCAACAGUUCUAGCCUAGAAAAACAGAUCUAAUCCUAACAUGCACUUCUGAAGCCAGGAACAGGAGGAGCAAUGCAGGUGUUGUGAUGUGGUCAGCUUGGGUGGGUUUUAGAUGUUUCCAUAGAGAUGUGGCAAAGGGCUGGCACAAUGGGAUUUUGGAAUCCACCCAGGAGCCAGACAACUGUCCCAGCCGCCUGUGGGCUUUAUAUCGAGCAAACCUGGCCUUGCACAUUACACUUAGGCCACAACCACUGAAUAUAUUUAAAGCACUCUUAUGGCAUUUUAAAAGUAAUAUUUUCCUCCCAAAGAAUCCCAGUGUCAGGGACCGUACUGAGGAGAGCUGCACUGAGGAGGAAUCGUGGGAGCCUUCCCCUCCCCCUGAGCCAGAUCCUGAAUCUUCCCAGGAGCAGGAGGAGCAGUAUAGAUUUGGAACACUGAUUUACAGAGGGGCACAGUUCAGAAGGCAGAAGCUGGGAAAUACUGGAUGGGGAGCAGCUAGGAGAAGAAACACUGGAAGAGAGAGGGUUAACAGGAUGUGAGGGCAAUCUGGCUGCAACAUCUGUCACCCCAUUGAUUGCCAGGGUUGAUUCAGCUGAUCUGGCUGGCUAGGCGGGUGUCCCCUUCCUCCCUCACCACUCCAUGUGCAUCCCUCCCGAAGCUGCACACUCAGUGGAAGAGGACAACCAUCUCAGAUAGAAGGAGUGUACCAUUCUUCGGUCAAGGGAGAGGGUUAACAGAUUCACAGUCUCUGUACAGCAUUCCUCCACUGCCCUCCCGAAAGUCGAGAAGAGCUCAGAAAGUGGCCGAACAGAAAGCACAGAGGGUACAAGGUCAGAUUACAAGAUUUAGAAGUGAUGCAGGUUAAUAGGGACAGAAAGGGGUGGGAUCCUUAAUUGGGAGCACCGCCAUUACUAGGAGAUGUGUUCUUUGUUUUCUCACUGUGAUGAUUAAGGUUUCAAACUGGUAAGAAGACUCCUUUCCUUUGUUCUGCUUAUCUACUGCCAUGGAGGAGGAAGCUAAUUCCCUGAAGCCUGACAACCAGGAAAUGUAGUUUGUGAAGAGUGCUGAAAUUUGUUAGGAGACCCCUACUCACCUCAGAAAGCUACAAUUUUCAGAAAUAUUUUAACAACCAACCCCUCUUUCCAGGGGAUCCUGGGAAACAUAGCUCUGUGCAGGGAACUGAGGUUUUUGAACAACUCUCAGCAUCCUUGACAAACUCCAGUUCCCAGGAUUCUUUGGGGGAAGACGUGGCUAUUUAAGUGGUAUAUGUAUGGUACAGAUGUGGCUUAAGUUUCACUUUCCCAUCUGUAAAAUAGGAACUGUAGCAAUAUACUAUCCAACCCCAAAGAGCUGCUGGCAAAAUGAACAGAGUGCACAUUUCACAGGCAGGACCCUGUGAAUUUUACAAAUCUGUAAUCUCAACUGUUUGUGGCCCCAGAAUGUUUAUGGGAGUCACUGUCAAUGGGAGGAUCAGGUGAGUGCUAGAAUUCUGCUUUGCCUGAGCCCACAGUCACCAUUUUGGUUAUUCCGAUCAGUGACUGCACCACCACCCUUAGAAUGGCUCCAGCCUCCUCCUCUUUUUCAUCCUACCUUCAGCACCAGCCCUCUUCCAUACAUCCUGUGAAUACCACUUAUGUGCAUCCACAUAGCAGCCUCUUGCUUCUUCUGCGUUGUUCUGGUCUUUAUAAAAUUCAGUGACAUGGUGGAAUGUCAACAAUACGGAAACAGCUCAUUCCAUCAUUAUAAUGUUGUGAGCCCUUUGGUGAGCUGUAAGGAGGAUAUAGUUCUAUGCAUGUGUACACCCAUACACAAUGCAACAUCUGCUUCCCAUUUUAUGAAGAUCUGCAUGUUUUAAAACUUCACAUAAUUGUGGUGCUGAACGUAGGGUGGUUCACUUCCAAAUAUGAAAAAUCUUCUUUCCUAGCCCUGUAUUUUCAGGUCUCGGGACAGUUGAUGUGGUUACUUCACUCUCACAGCCUCUAAAUAUACCAUUGAUCCUGAGGGAGCUCUUUAGUUCGUUUAAGGCAAGUGUUGGUGACCCUGUGGCCCUCCAAAUGUUGGAUCCUGACUCCUAUCAGGCCCAGAUGGCAUGGCCAAUGGUCAGGGAUUAUUGGAAUGGCAGUCCAGGAACGUUUGGAAGGCCACAAGUUCACCAUCCCUGCUUCAACGCCAGACUGGUUGGGAAAGAAGUUAGGACAUCCUCUCUUUGAGUUGUAUCUUUACUCAGUGUAAAUCCAUUGGAGGUAAUAGAUUUAAGGAAGUCAUGUUCAUGAACAUUGAUGGGUCUACUCUGAGUAUGACUAGCAUUGAAUGAAGCCUUUUUAUCUUUAUUUGUCUGUGGCAAUAUAUUCAUUUCUAGAUGUUCUGUUGUUGCUUUAAGGUAACCAUUGCACCAUUGUGCUAGUCACAAACAUUUUCUUCUCUUCCAUCUGGUGGAAUUUGGUUUACUUUUGGGUCUUAGGGUAGCAGAGUAUAGUUUCAGUGCUCUGCCCCCAGAACCUCCAAGACCAGAAGUUAAUGUCAGUUCACAUUUUCCUUAUGUGCAUCAUGGAGAAAAACAUUAAGUGAACUGUCUCAAGGAGCAAGUUGUGUCUGAGGGUUUCUCUUGAGGGAACAUGAUUCACAGUUAAGUCAUGCAUUUCUGGAUUCCUCCCUCCAGUACCAUAAAUUUCUGUCAGAUUUAUGGAAACUUCCCCAGUUACAUGUGUUAACUUGUUUCUGUCUGUAUCUAGAACGAGGUGCACUGGGCCCAUAAUUCAUGUGUCUGCACUGUUCACACACAAAGCAUAAGAAUGCAUUAAGGACAUAACAGCAAAUUUCUCUAGGUCCCUCUUCAGCCUACUAUGUGGCAUAUUCUCCAAUGGGACUUAUUUAAUAGCUGUAGUACUCUAUUAUGUGUACUGGUAGCCACUAUGGGCUGCAUUUCUACCUAAUAGGACUAGCAUCUUUUGGUUCGAUCUCCCUACCUUGCUAGCAUGUACCAAAUUUUAAAAUUCCGGCUGUUUUUGUAUGUGGGAAGUAAUGAGGCAAAACAUGAAAAUUUAACAACAUGCACAACUGUGGCUCCUCCACCCAAAGUUCAUCAGAGUAUAGUAAUGGAGCCCAUUUCUGAUGACGGGGGUAGAUCAGAACAAGUGACAUUAUAUAAUAGAUUCUGAGCACAUGUGGAAUUUAUUUUCUCCACAGUUGAGCAGCAACCAGAUCCCUAGUGAUCCUGUGUUAAGUAUAAAGGCUUCCCAGGCAACAUGGAGGCAGGGCUCAAUUCUCUACUGCACAUCAUUUGAGGAUUUAAGACUUCUAUCCAAUACAUAAAGUCCCACUGAAUUCAGUGGACCUUGCUUCUGAGUAGGCAUGUGCUUGAGUCCUGUUGCAAUUCUGCACACUUGUACAAGCUAGGCACAUUUGUGAAAACAAAAAGCCCCAGUUGUUGCUAUCACAGAAAACAGCUACUCCCAUCUAGUACACAUACUUACAUUUGUAAGUGAAAUACAAGGGGAUAGCAAUCUGUUUGAUAAGCGAAGGACACUCAGAUUCUUAUUAAGAACUCCUUGUCCCCCCCUCUAUUAAGAGCCAAGACGUUAGCCAAUCCCACAAGCAUCCCCUCACUUUUGCUAGCAAAGCAGCUCCUCCCAAGGACAUGAAAGCCAAGCUUAGCUUUGUGCAAGGAAAGUGGAGGGGCUAGAGGGGGUCUAGGCUUUGGUGCUGCUUCAGUGCAGCAUCUUUUUCUGCAUUGGCUAAUCGUAAAUGCAAAGACAUCCACGUGCUGGAACUCGCAAAGGAUGAAGAUUCCUGGUUAAAUUCUGUCUCCCUUUUUUCUGAUGCAAUUGCUCCUUUUUGCUUUUGUCAAUGCUCUGCAUUCAGCUGCCACGUAUGUAAAGAAGUUGCAGUUAUAAUUAUCUCACUGGCUCUGUCAUUUGGUGCUCUUUAAGGGAAGGUUUCGCUUCAGGCCAGAACGCAGAGCAUUUAAGCAGCUGCCACGUUGCAAGCAGAAAGCGAGCUGGUUCCACUCUUUAAACUUUUCCAGAUGUUUUUGUCUUAACAGGACAAGUCCCAGCAGCUGCACCAUUUCAAUGCCUCGAGGCUGGAAGGCAUAACUAGUCCACCGCAGAAAACAUUCAGCCUUGCUGAAGCAAGUGACUGAAAUGCAGGAAUGGGAAUUGUACAGAAGCAUCUAAGCCGGUUGCCACCUUUUAAACUGGAUCAGCUCCUGUGCCUUUAACAGCAGACCAAUGUGCAGAAAAGUUGCUGGUAAAGCUUUUCCAAAAAAUCUCUUACGUCCAUAACAGCAAGGAUGGAGAAUUUGUGCCCCCCAUAACUUUGGUGGAAUUCAUCUCCCAUCAGCAUGGCCAAAGGUCAAGGAUGAUGGGAGUUGUAGUUCAACAACAUCUGGAGGUCCACAGGUUGACCAUCUGUGCCAUAUCAAGGACUGCUAAAUUUCUAAAUAUCUAUAGCUACUGUUAAAAGGCAUAAGGAUGAUGACAGUGUUUAAAAAGAGAGGCACAAGCUUAGGCCCAAGAGAGGCAAACUAAUGCAUACCGGGUUGGAGUGAGUUCCAUUUAACUCAGUGGGCUUUACUUCUGAGUAGGCGUGUAUAAAAUUGCCCCAUUAUGUCCAUUUAUAAUCUUCUUGGGUAUUUGACUCCCAGCUAUUCUCAGAAAAUGCAGCAGUUAGGGGCUAGCAAAAGGGCCGGCCAUGUUAUUGCACUCCAGGAUGGAAAGGUUGUUUGUUUUUGCACACCUAAGCCACACAACAUCUGUGCACAUCCUAUCCCAAUGUCUCAGUCAUCAAUGGUGAGCUGCACAAGGAUGCUACAGGCCACACAUGGCAACAUGCAAGCAACACACUACCACCUCAUGUCUUCUAUGCCCUGAGGUUUGAUUCCCACACUUCUGGUUGUACGUUGAAGCCCAAACCAGGCGCUGGGACUACAUGAGUUCCCUGUGUUGAGCUGGCCUUAGAUACACUCAUGCUUACUCUUUUCAAAAAAGAGUUGGUUGAAGACUGCUCUCACACACUCUAGGCCAAGCUGAACAUGACACACACACCCCAGCUAUGUGGCCAUUAGGUACUCAUUGUAAAUCAUAGACAAACAUUCUCCGAAUGUCCCUUUUUAUUUGAAUCCCAAACGUUUGAAAAUGAGAACAUGACUAUGAGAAACUAGGAUGCUGCUCCAGUCUACAUUUCUGGUUUCCAAAAAAAUUUUUCUUCUUUUCUUUCAGGGCCAAAUACCAACAACCCAAUUCAUUUGUAUACCGUCUCUUUCAGAUGGGUGUGGCAGACAUGGCCCCUCUAAAUAAAACAACAGUUUUCCACUCACCUUCAGUAAUUGAUGGACCAACCUUAUCUAAAAUGCUCCUUCAUUUUCAUAGUUAACAUUUUCUCACUGUUUAAAAUGAAGUCUUUGUUAAAAUGGGGGGGGGGGCAUUGACAAACAAGCGUCCUAAAAGGACUUUUUCUUUGAAAGUUCUUUACCAUGGAAAUUCUUAAGGGAUAUUCCUGGUAGCAUUAUGAAUGAGUUGUUCAAAGGCAAUGAUGCCUCCUGCUUUUGAUUUAUGAAAUAUCAUAAAUGGGGUUUGUGAACCAUCACCAUUGUUAUACAGUAACAGCGUCACACACAGAAAGAACAACACAGAUGGAAAUUUGCUACUGGAACCUAGUGAGUCACCAAUCCCAUCCUUUUGAAUAUGUAUCAUGAAUAAUCUACAGUAAUUGAUACCCCAUUGACUAAGAUCAUGCAUUCCAACUACUUAGGCUUUGCUGCUUAAUCUGCAGACAUCUCAGAUCUAUCUGAUGGCCACAGAGGUCAUGCUGAAGCUGCCUGACAGCUGGACUACAUAUGAUUCAGUCCCAUUUACGACUUCCUUGAGGGAAUUCUCCCCCCUCCCUGGUUUUGCCUUUAAUCUCACAAGAAAAAAGAAUUGUAAUUGAAUCGGGAAUUCCAGAGAGUCAAAACUUUCCAUUUACAGUGGUACCUCGGGUUAGGUACUUAAUUCGUUCCGGAGGUCCGUACUUAACCUGAAACUGUUCUUAACCUGAAGCACCACUUUAGCUAAUGGGGCCUCCUGCUGCCGCCGUGCCGCUGGAGCACGAUUUCUGUUCUCAUCCUGAAGCAAAGUUCUUAACCUGAGGUACUAUUUCUGGGUUAGCGGAGUCUGUAACCUGAAGCGUAUGUAAGCUGAAGCAUUUGUAACCCGAGGUACCACUGUAUGACUAUGUAAGCUAUAAUUAUUGAACUUUUUGCUGUAGUUGACUAACCUAUGCAGAUUGAUAAUGUUGAAGCAAGUGUUGACCCGCUACUGUGAGCAUCUUUCUAUCAUUGAUAACCGUGCCUACAUUACCUCUCCUGCCCACUUCCUUUGCUGUUGCCUUGAUGUUGGAAAACAAAUUCAAGGUAAAUGCCUUCAAGAAGGCAAGUGUCUCGAUGUAUGAUCACAGCAGAGAGACACUCGUUUGGACAGAGAUGGAAAGAUUUAUUGUUUAGUAUGGAGGAAUGGUUGUUGAAGCUAUGGGAGGCAAGGCUGAUAUGUUUGAUUGGAGAGAGGUCAUUGGUGACAUUCGUUAAUGACAAUAAUGGGAGAACCCCUUUUUGGACUUUUUGUGUGAAAAGGAAAAUGUAUGACUUCGGGACGCAUGGGUCUGAAGACUGGGGAAAUAUUGCUUAACAGAAAGUAGAACCAUUCUAGAGUGAAUGUUUUGAAUAAUUUCUUUUAUGUAACUGACAGAUAGAAAAUUGGAAAUCCAAUUUAUUUCUCUCUCUCUCUUUUGUUUUCCUUUGGUGUCCUCUGCUCUGGGCCAUUAUUGGAGUCCAAGGAUUACACACAUAUGAAGGAGGUAGGUGGAUGAAAGGACCCUGGGUAAGAGGCAGGGUAGGGAAGAUCUCCCAGGAUCCCAGGACUGGGCGAGGAAAGGAAAUCUCCCAGGUGAGAGCUGGGAGGGCCCACUACUUUCUGUGGGAGACAAAGGUUAAGAGCUACCUUUGAGAGAGGACUCUGCGUUUUCUUUUCUCUUUCUUUCUCUGUUCUUGUUCUUACCUAGAUUAUUUUCUUUUAACUUACUGUAUCACAAAAAAGCUUUAGCGAAAUCUUAUGGAAAAAGGGCAAGUUUAAAUAGAAGUGGGGUUUUGGGGGUGGGCAGGGGGGAAUCACUAAAACUCACAGGCAUUGUACUGCUUGAGAUUUCUGAAAUUAUAAAUACGCAGACAAGAUGGUUGCUAACUCCUUAAAUUCUGCUAGCAUGAGGGAAGGCAAGAAAGAGGGUGUUAAGUUGUGGGUGAACAUAUCAGACGACACAGCGGUUCUUCAAACAGCUCUUGUUUAUUCACAGGCCAGAACAGAACUGAACUGAAGGGUUCAGCCAGCCUGCUUAUCUAAAGCUCCAGUACCACGCAACUGUAACAACUUUCUGUAACUAUCCAAUCACUGAACGUCACUUUCAAUCCCGUAUUUGCAUAUGUGGACCUGAGUGAAAACUAUCUACAGUAUCCCCCUGCUGGCCCAGGGUGAGAACUUCAGUACAUAACAGAGGGCAUCCCUGAAAACCAGUUACUGGGAACACCAAGUGGGGACAAUAUUGUUGCCCCCAGGUCCAGCUUGUGUGGGUUUACCACAGGCUACUGUGAGAACAGGAUACUGGAUUAGAUGGGCCUUUGGCCGGAUACAGUGAGACUCUUCUUAGCUUAUCAGCCAAAAGGUUGGAGAGUUUCUACUCAUGGCUAGGUUGCAUUUUAUCAAUAUAUAAAUGUAAGAAUGUUAAUAAUGCAGAUGACAACCAACCCCCUCACCGCCCAUCCCCAGUUUAUAAAUGGCUGUGGUUAAUACUAUAAAAUGCCGUGAUUCACAAACUAAGGUUUUCUGGAAAUGCAGCUUAUCUCCCUGGAAAAAAAGGGAUAUCCAUGUUUAAUGGUAUUUUUAUUUUCAUAAACUUGUUAUAAUUCCUAUUAUAGCAAAAAUAAUAAUAAUCUGGAUUGUAUUACUGGUGUCUUUGGCCCCCCCUUCUGCCUCGAGAUAUCAUAUAUGCUUUCCAUGAUUAUUUUGUUCAGUGCUUUGAUUUUGCAUUUUAAUACAACAAUACAGGAAAAAACAAAUAACUGUAGGAACUAUUGUUCACACCAAUAUGAGAUCACUCACCACCCAACUGGCCACAACCCAACACUGAAUUACUGUGCUUAAGCCCCUUUUAAUCAAUGGACUUAAGCUACAUUGGAUUGUUGCCACCCUCUUUGCAAUAUGUGAACAUGCCCUGAAUAGGUUUACGAGGUCAGAUGGAUCCCUCCGUCUCUUAACAAUACAGACUCUCCUUCCCUAUAUACUUAAGGCCACUCCACACAAGACGAUUUCCUUGUUCUGUAGGUGGGAGGAUACAAUAUCCUAAGGGGCUGCUGCCCAAAAUGGUACCCCUGUGUUCAUUUUUUCACCUCUGCUAUGCAGUAUGUUGUAGUGGAGCUUAGGUAAAGGUAAAGGGACCCCUGACCAUAAGGUCCAGUUGUGGCCGACUCUGGGGUUGCGGCUUUCAUCUUGCUUUAUUGGCCGAGGGAACUGGCGUACAGCUUCCGGGUCAUGUGGCCAGCAUGACUAAGCCGCUUCUGGCGAACCAGAGCAGUGCACGGAAACGCUGUUUACCUUCCUGCUGGAGCGGUACCUAUUUAUCUACUUGCACUUUGACAUGCUUUCAAACUGCUAGGUUGGCAGGAGCAGGGACCGAGCAACGGGAACUCACCCCGUCACGGGGAUUCAAACCGCUGACCUUCUGAUCAGCAGGUCCUAGGCUCUGUGGUUUAACCCACAGCGCCACCCACGUCCCUGUAGUGGGGCUUACUAGUAGCAUUAUCCUGAGCACAUCAUAGCUGAGCAGGGACGUAGAAUGAGCAUAAUAAAAGCAGGAUGCAAGGGAAGUUGAGUUCCAUGCUGUACGUAGAUGGGGGAAAGGGAAUGUGAUGCUGGGCUGCUGUUUUCAGAAGCAGGCUUGGGGGGACGGUUGUGUGGGUGAUGUGUAGUUUCACUGUGGAAAAAACCAGACACACUGUGAGUUGGGAAGUGCAGCCGUGAGUAUUAAUUCUGCCACAUGGAUUAAAAGUCUCUGUAUGCACUUUGUCGUUCUUCUGACUGAACUUCUGUCCUUUCAUACAGAGCUCUGACUGGUGAGGGCCAUUGUGAUGUGGUGGUUAGAGUGUCAGACUAGGACCUGGGAGAUGAGGGUUCAAAUCCCCACACAGCCACGAAGCUUGCUGAGUAAUCUUGAGCCAGUCACUGCCUCUCAGCCUAAACUACUUCACAGGGUUGUUGUGAGGAUUAAAUGAGUCUUGAGGAAAAGACAGGCUAGAAAAGCAAUAAAUGAAUAAAAAUUCAAUAGAUAAAUAUCAGUGUAGGGAAAAUAUGUGCCAAUCACACACUAAAAGAUGGCUAUGAAUGCCAGCAAAAAACAGUGGUGUGCUUCCUUAUAUAAUUCCCAUUAUAGCAAUUUUUUAAUGUUUGAUGCUGUAUUGUGUUUUUAAUAUUCAUUUGGAAGCCGCCCAGAGUGGUUGGGGAAACCUAGCCAGAUGGGCAGGGUAUAAAUAAAUUAUUAUUAUUAUUAUUAUUCCUUUGUCACACUGCUUGCCUUAGGAGUUGGUGCUAAUGUUGAUGGCACUAUUGUGGUCCUUUCCCUAGAAUAGUUGCAACUGGAUCCUCUGCCUCAGUCAGGUUAUGCACCAGUACACAGCCAUCUCCAUCGGUCUGCAAGGUUUGUAUGAACAGGAAGGACUGGGCAGCACCCCGUAAAGCUGACAAUAUUUUUGGGAAGCCCGAGAGAACAAAAGAGUCUUUGCUGGAAUCCUGAAAUGCCUGCCACAAAUGUGGCGCUCGCCUAUGAUUCUCCAUCAUCUCCGCUGCCGAAAGGCAGUGUAUUCCUCCGCCACUUCUUGAUUGCUCUGGUCUAUCAUUUAGUUUUUGGCUGCAGCCUCAGAUUAUAUUUUUGGGACUCGGGAAGAAGGGGACGGGGUGGGAGGGGGACGGGAGGGGGAGAGCCAGCCCACUGUAGAGAGAAAGAAACAGAAUUGGAAAAUAGAGAAGGAGGAGGAGGAGGAGGAGAAAGAGAGCCAGCCAAGCAGAAACCCAGCCCAGCAAACCUCGGAACGGUUUCCUGUUGCCUCCUUCUAAAACACUUAGAUUCCUUCAGACCCUUGAGAGAGGCUGAAGUUUUCUCAGCUCCACUGCCCUGUCCUUGAGGUAUGGCAUCAAAUCCUCCUUUUCCAUUCUCUGCUCUUUCUCAUUCCUCUCUGUUAAUGAUACUAAGCAAUCGGGUCAGUUUAUCAAAGAUCUAACAUCGGCACCUGAAUCGGUGGAGAAGGGGAGUUGUAUUAAUGUGUGGGAAUAUUUUUUUGCAUUUUCUUGACUUUCCAUUCUUGAGAAUUUGCUUGCUGCACCUUACUUUUGUUCCUCAGUUCGAAAGCUCUUCCCACCCCUCUUAUAGCUGAAGCAUGUUAAUAGGCUUAGUUCAAUGACAUUUCAGAAAGAACAGGAUUUUGCUGCUUAUUUCAUUGCUUUUCGCUGCUUGCCAUAAAUAUGUGUUUAUUUAUUAGAAGGAGAUGACAGUAAUUUUCAAGCAAGUUGUUACUCUGUUGCUAGGAUUUCACAAUUUAAUUCCUCCCCUCUAAAAAUAAUAAUAACAAUUAGGUCUGGCACAUGGAAUGCAGCCUGUCAUUGGUCACUUCAGGUUACGAGCAUCUAAGGAACUAUACUUGUCAAGAGAACGUUAUCUUAGCACAUUUAGCCCAACGAUAUUUUUCUUUCCAGAAAAAGGCCAUCAAAAGAAGAAGAAGAAAGUUGUUGUUUUUAAAGUAUACUACCCCCUGCAAUUGUCUUUAUUUAUCUCACUGAUUUGCUUUUGGCAGAGUGACAGCAGUACAGAAAGAGGAUGAAUUUCAAGUCAGAAUGUUGUGGGGUUUUCUGUUUGUUUUGUUGUUGUUUUUUUAAAAAAAUAACAACAGUGGAUGCUAAAAGGGAUUUCAUUGCCUUUAAAGGCAGCCACUGCCUCCCCUGCUCUGACCCAAGAGAAUAGUUCAGCUGCUCUUUUUUUUGUUUGUUCCCUCUUGGAACAGUAUUUUAUUCCAAAACGUUUGCCAAGAAAAAGGCAGUUAAUUUUGAAUUGCAGAGUGCAAUCUAAGUGCCUGGAGCAGUUUAAUCUGGUGCAGAUAGGAAAGAGCCCUGUUGCUCUGAGCAGUCUAUUUGUGUGCGUAUUGGUGGGGGACGAGGGGAAAUAUAACAAAAAUGCAAUGGAUUGUGACUCUGGAAGGGUGGUAAAGUUGAAGGGGAGAAUUUUUUUUGUGUGUAUGCGGAGGGGAUUAAGGAAAAUGCAUGCACAGUCCAUGAAUCAGUUCAAACAAAGCCAUUGUCUGCCACAUAGGCAGAAGCAGGAGAUUGGGGGUGGGGGGUGGGGAGAUAUCAACUUUUCAAACUUUUGCCAAGCUCCGCCUACUGGGGUGGGGGAAAGGCGCUCUUCUCUUGUAUGACUCUCCCACAAUGGAAUGUCGGCUUCCAUGGCAACCCUUUCAGGGCCUUUUGGUUCAGGAGAUGCAAGGCCUUUAUGGCCUGAGACGCAGAAAGGAAAAGAUGUGUUCAGCUGGAACUUUUCCCCUUUGCAGAAUUUUAGCUGCGGAAAAGUUCAAAGGUUUAUUUUUUGAAGCGCUGCUUUCGGUUCUGAAUCGCCCUUCUAUGCAGCAUCCAAAAAGAAGGAAUGUAGGAAGACACAACAGAGCGCCUCUUGACUUCUCCCCAGUUGUCCUUAACUGACGUUUCCAUCUAUUAUGGCAGAGGGGAUCUCAUAACACACACGUCUUCAUGUCAGUAAAGUAUUUCAGUUCACUCGCUAUCAUUAAAACCAGAGCUUGGCUUCUGCAGAGGUUCAGCGAGGGCUCCAUCGGGGACUGUGUGUUCAACGCUUGAACUCAAUUCUGGAAUACAUAAAGUAAAGUAAAGGAAUAUAUCUUCUGUGCAAGUGUCUUUACCACUAACUAUGGUGGUGGUGGUGGUAGUAGUAUAGUGGUACCUUGGGUCACAAAUGCUUCAGGUUACAUAUGCUUCAGGUUACAGACUCUGCCAACCCAGAAUUAGUACCUCAGGUUAAAAACUUUGCUUCAGGAUGAGAACAGAAAUCGUGCUCUGGCGGCGCAGCAGCAGCAGGAGGCCCCAUUAGCUAAAGUGGUGCUUCAGGUUAAGAACAGUUUCAGGUUAAGAAUGGACCUCCGGAAUGAAUUAAGUACUUAACUUGAGGUACCACUGUAGUAGUAGUAAUAAUAAUAAUUUAUUUAUAUCCCCAGCCACUCUGGGAGGCUCCCAACAGAAUAUUAAAAACACGAGAAAACAUCAAACAUUAAAAAUUUCCCUAAACAGGGUUGCCUUCAGAUGUCUUCUAAAAGUCAGAUAGUUGUUUAUUUCCUUGACAUCUGAUGGGAGGGUGUUCCACAGGGCAGGUUCCACCACCGAGAAGGCCAUCUGCUUAGUUCCCUGUAACUUCGCUUCUCACAGUGAGAGAACCUCCAGAAGGCCCUCGGCGCUGGACCUCAGUGUCUGGGCUGAACGAUGGGGGUGGAGACGCUCCUUCAGGUAUGCUGGGCCGAGGCUGUUUAGGGCUUUAAAGGCCAGCACCAACACUUUGAAUUGUGCUCGGAAACAUACUGGGAGCCAAUGUAGGUCUUUCAAGACCGGUGUUAUGUGGUCUCAGCGGCCACUCCCAAUCAACAGUCUAGCUGCUGGUCUGUUCCCUGCAACUCCAGAUUAAGAUGUAAAUCUUCCAGAGCCCCAACUCUGGGACAGCCACUGUUUAAUGGUAUAGCGAAAGAACAGCAAUUAUGCCCACACAGUUAUUUAUGUCAGCUACAUUCAUGCCAGCUGUUUAUAUCUUAAAACAAAGGGCUAUGAUUAAACAAACCAGGCUUUAAUUAACUUUGUGCGGUACUUGAUAGUUUAGGUAUUUUUUAUAACUUAAGAAAGUUGCUGAUAUCUUUUUGCACUGGAGGAGGGGUGAACUGUAGGGGUUUCACAGGUGGUGAGCAUCUGGGCUUCCUUCCAGGCCAAACUUCCGGCCACUUUCCUCUUGGGACAGGCUGCUGGUAGCUGACAACAUGAAUGGUGAGCAGCUGGCCUUGCUUUCAUCAUGGUGCCGCAGAAUCCAUAAAAUAACAUGACCCAAAAUAACUGGAAAAUUACAAGCAAAGCAAGCCCAGCUUUCCAGUGCUGGAUAUCUCAGACAGGACUUAGAAUUUAGUCAGGUCCAUCCAUCCAUUUAUCUGUAAGCUGCCUUGAAUCCCAUUCUGAGGGGAAAGCCUUAUUAUUAUUAUUAUUAUUAGCCACAAUUGUGCCAAGGCACCACUUCUGCUGAGAUACAGGACAUCCCCCAGAGGCCCAUGGGAUGGCACAGGGACUUCUGGAGCAGUCUCUUAUUUCCUGGUAGGAGGGAAAUCUAGAGAGAGCAGAGCACAACUUCCUUGUGCUACUUUUGUCUCCACAAAUGCCAACAAGAAGUCAGCGCUGUCUGCACUGAAAUGAACAUGAGAGAAUUGUUCUCUUGCUCCUUCCUUGCUGCCAGACAUCCCUUUCACUGGGAAAUGGAAGAUCACCUCAGUACACCAGGGAGUGAAGUGAAGCUAUAGCCAUAGCUGUCAACGUUUCCCUUUUUAAAGGGGAAAUUCCCUUAUUCCGAAUAGGAUUCCUCGCAAGAAAAGGGGAAAGUUGACAGCUAUGGCUAUGGCUAGUCCUUGCAGGAACCCAAAUGUACAACUCCUCUUAAGCCAAAGCAUUUUAAGGCCCUCUUACUUGAGAGACACCGCCCCACAAUAGGGAGCUGCUGUUGUCCCAACUACAGUCCCAAGCUCAGGUUUAUCACCCCAAUGAGAAUUAUGCCCCAGGCAGCACAUUAAAGGUGCAUGUGAUUUUUCUUUCUUUCAAAAACUAUUUGCUAAAUAAGACUGGAAAGUAUUUAGCUUGUGCAGCUAAGGACUAGCAAUAAAGAGCUAGAUCAUAUCCCUGAUAUUACAGUCAUAUAAAGCUUCUUUCCCUUUAUCUUUACGGUGAAAAUUACCUGCUGUUUCCUCUGCCCUUAAGCCUUGGAUAUUCUGACAUGUAUCAUUUUCUCUCCAGUUAAAGCCACACAUUUGAUACUAGGGAGCUGAAUUAUUGGGUAGUUCUCUUGAACAAGUUCUUAAAAUGAUGACACUUUAUACAGUGCUUCUGCCAGAGCAGACUAACAUCAGCUUGUUUUUACAGAGGAGAAAAUGAAAGGGAUCACCAUUUUCCAGCAGGAAAGGGAGGACUUAAUGUGUGUGCCUAGCAGUACAAAGUAAAGUCAGAAAUGGAAUCUCCAUCCUGAGCUCCUUUGGAAGGAAGGACAGGAUUAAUAAUGAUGAUGAUGAUGAUGAUGAUGAUGAUGAUUAUGUUACCCAACCAUUUCCCAAGCUUUUCCCCCCUCAUAGUAUUACAUCUUCGUAAGCUUUUAGCUAGUGUGGCUUUUGAAACAUGGAGUUACUAGCAGUGGCGUAACGCCCUUUGCCAGAGCCCAGAGAAGAUGAGCAUGCAUGUGCCCCAGGCUCAUCCAGCCCUUGCCACUGAUGUCGCUGGGCGGGUGUUCACGUGCCAUGCGGGAGCAGGGUGUGGAGGGUGCCCUUCACCCUUCACCGUCUGCACUCCCCCGCCCCUAUCGCCAGUGGGCAAGCUCUGCUGUGCUGGGCAGGGGCGGGACACGCAGAAGGCGAUCUUCAUCCUCUGUGCUAUCCAGUCCCUGCCGCCGGGUGCAAGGGGGAUCUCAGUGGGGUGAGGAGCUCCUGGUUCACACACACCCAGAUUGUUCGCCCAGGGCAAUAUCCCCCAUUCCCCCCCAUGCCACUGGUUACUAGACAGUCUUUAAUGUUGUAAAUUGCUACUUGGGUUUAAUAAUUGGAAAAGAAAUGGUGAUGCAAUCAGUUUCCCUGAAGAUGAACAAGACAGGGUUAAAUGCACAAGAAGAGCCCUGCUAGAUCAGGCCAGUGGCCCAGCUAGUCCAGCAUCCACAAGAUGCUUAGGGGAAGCUUGCAAGCAAGAUCUGAGCACAGCAGCACUCUCCCCUCCUGCGGCUUUCAGCAAACUUUUAUUCUGUUCAUGGAGGCAGAAUGCAGCCCCCAGGGUUAGUAGCCAUGGAUAGCCUUUUCCUCCAUGAGGUUUCAAAGCAAGCUGCGCUGCAUUCAUUUAUUUUUGAGCAACUUUUUAUGGGGUUUCUAUAAACAGAAAGCUGCACUUUAAAAGUAUUACCGUUGCAGCAAUAGCUAUCACAUGCCCCCCCUCCCCAUUUCAUUUAUAUAUUUUUUAAAAUCCGGCAUAGCACUUCAAGCAAGACCAGAUAGCUGUGCCCACUCUUUAUUUAAACUCCCUCUAAUUCGUUAGUGUAGGGUUACUCUCAGGCAUUGUGAGAAAUUCAGCUUGGUGCUGCUGCGCCUCAACCGCCACCAGGUACACUUGCCAGGGCCUGGUGACAGAGGAGGCUGGCCAUCAUUGAGCAUUUGCCCAAGGCUUCCUCAGCCUAGCUCAGUGGGCUUCCUCCCAUGUUAGUGACUGUCUGUGGAUUGCAAGCUACUAGCACAAACCGCUCCCUCAUGGUACUCAUCUGCAAACCCUGGUUUGCGGUUUGAAGGCUUUCUCCAUGAGCAACAGUUGCAAAACGGAUCCGUUUUGUUUAGGAUCCUGGUCAAGCCAUAGUAGAAGGUAAAGGACCCCUGGACGGUUAAGUACAGGCAAAGGCGACUGGGGUGCGGUGUUCAUCUCACUUUCAGGCCGAGGGAGCUGGCGUUUGUCCACAGACAGCUUUCUGGGUCAUGUGGCCAGCAUGACUAAACCGCUUCUGGGGCAACAGCACACCGUGAUUGAAACCAGAGUGCACAGAAAUGCCGUUUACCUUCCCACCGCAGUGGUACCUAUUUAUCUACUUGCACUUGUGUGCCUCUGAACUGCUAGGUUGGCCGGAGCUGGGACAGAGCAACAGGAACUCACCCCGUUGCACGGAUUUGAACUGGCAACCUUCUGAUCGGCAAGCCCAAGAGGCUCAAUGGUUUAGACCACAGCACCAUACUAGUCAACUUAACUGAUUGAUAAAAAGCCGAUCCUGAAGAAACAUUUGGCUCUAUCUGAACACUCAUAAGGCUUCUUGCACCCUCUCAAAUCUGCACCAGAGGGUUUGCUGAACUCUCCAGAACAGAGGGCAACAGCAAAAAGUGGGAAUUAGUGAGAAUUACCUUCCUUCCCAGUCCAUUCACAGAAUUUUAUGCUGGAGCAAUGAGUUGGCCAUGAACAGAAGGACCCAACUAGAAGCAUCCCUUCAUAAAUGCUGCUUUGAGCCAUAUUCAUAUAAUGCUGCUACAUGGACAGGUGUUGCACAGCUCUUCUCAGAAAGAAAAGGCUCAGGAUAAGUGAGCAUAUUGAUGACUGUGCACACUAUGAUAGCUUUUUAAGAGAGACAUGAAUUGGCAACAUGGGUUAAUACCCCCACCAUGUCAAAUCAGGGUUGAAAGAGUAGUUAGAACGAAGGGGUGCAGGCUCUAGCCUUGGUCCAUGACUCCGCAUCCUUUAAAUGAGAUGGAAUGUGAACAAAGAGGACAGCAGAGAAAAUUGAGUUUGUGGUUAUUUCAAAUGCUGGGUAAUGAACGUUAUCCUUCCUUGGGAAAAGGCAGAGAAAGCAGUCCAUGCUGUCCAGAGGAAGCCACCAAUGCUAAUCUUAGAGAGAGGGGAGAAAAGAGAAUAUCUGUUAAGAGAUGCUUGAGAUAUGCAGUUAAUAAAAGGCAGCCACCAAAGCCACCUAAAUUGCUGGUGUGGAAAUAGGAUGAUCACAUCUUUUCAAAGCUCUUUUAAGUAACCCUGCUCUCAUUAUUCAUUAUCAUCAUAAGGUGCUGUUUUGCAUAGGAACAUAUGUCAAAAGGAAAGAGCAAGGAAAGGUGGCCUGAUGUAUGUGUUCUGCAAUGGACUCUGGGCGUUAAAGACAGCAAGGCAAAAUGGUGGAGUCAGCUAGGACAAAAGAAACCCUUACAGCAGCCUAUGUGCUGCAUUCCAGAUAUCACUGGGGGGGGGGGCACCCAGGGGAGAUGCCCUGGUGGGAACCUUCCUUAGCUCUGCAGCAGCUACCAGUUUCAAGCCUAUUCUUGGUAUAAUGUGGACUUGAAUGUUGAUUUAAAGUGGGGAUUCAAUAUUCCGCUGUUCCUCGCAGACUAUAGACCACAAGGCAACAAAGAGGUACACGUGGCACCCAAGGGAAAUUGCCAGGACAGGGAGUUUAUGCAAACUGCCACCUAGUGCGCUUUCCCUUUCACAAGAAGCUUUCCCUGGGAUUGUUGUGUCAGAUGCAGUGGUGUAGUGGCAAAUAUUGAAGAGCUCAUCAUGACAACCUUCACAGCCACACCCUAAAGGAGUGUCCAAAAGUACAGGCAGCUGCACUGAUCCCUAUAUUUAUGUGUGCAUAAAUGUGUGCAACACACACACACACACACAUAUCAAAAUGUAGAAGUACAUAGCAUAUUACCAAAUUGGUUAGAAUGAAUAUGACCACAAUCCAAUGUAGUUUCCUGGUAAUAAGCACUAUGCAUAAGGGAAACCAUGCAUAAGUUUAUAGCCAUGUCAAUCAGAAACGUGAACCAUCUUGCAAAGAAGUGUUGCCAUUUAACCCGCUAGCAUGAAGUAAGAACCCCAAACCAAAGGAAAUAUGUUUCCAUCCUCUGCUUGAUUAUUUUCCUCCUUCUCUGACUGUGCUAAAUUGACACAAACAAGCUUGAAAGCUUUAUUGUCAUGUCACUUAACUUGCAAGGAGAGUUUGUCAAGUACCCUAGCACCCCAGCAGAUGACAUCAUUGUCCUUGCACUUUCCUACAUGACUCCCAACCCCAAUUAGAUCAUGGGAAAAAGACCACACUUCGGCAGGACAGGAGUGCAGCUCUGAUUUAUUUGUUCUUUGGGGGGCGGGACUCUGCACAUGCUGAGAAGCUGUCUUUUCCUCCCAUGGGAUAUAUAGAGAAAUCACUCCAGUUAAAGAAAAGCAUGGGAUCCUUAUCAAAUGUCAGCACCAUUUAUAGAACCAGAUACCAACUGCAGCCUACACAGCAAGCCCUGGCUGAAACCAAACACAGAAUCUGGUUCUUCUGUAGUUCAAACUAGGAUAGUGACCAUGCCACUUAAACCUUAUUUAAAGUUCUGUUCCUUUGGACAACUAGCUUUUGCAUCUGUUCUGUGUUCCAACCUACUCUUGUGAAACAAGAGUGUUGGAAAAGGAGAGUUGUGUCUGCAUUCACGAGGAUAUGAAUGCAUGUGCAUUAAUCCACUUUGCAGAUCCAAACUCUGAGUCUUGGCACUGAGAAGCAUGUUCGUGGGUUGAGCCCCUGUGGCUCAAUUAAGCCCCAGCAGCAUGCCUUGAGUCAUUUGAUUUUCCACAGAUAGCUGUGUGAUGGCUGCUACACAGGUCUUCAUUGCGAGAGCAUCACACUAUGCAUUUGACACCUCUAUUGCAAAGUACCAAGGGUACGGCUGGAAGGCUUCAGCCAAAGCAGCUCCUCUUAGACAAAAAAUAAGUCUCUUAUGGAGGCAUUUCUGGACAUUUUUGUUUUUCAAAUAAACUUGUUUCCUGUCUCCAGCCACAGACGUUUAUGUAAAGCUUGUUUGCUCAGAGAGUUGAUCCAUGUCCCUUCUACCUCCAAGCACAACAGUGGCUGUUCUCAGUGUUUGCUGGCCUGCUGUCAGAUGGGCUCCUAUACCUCAGCACAGCCCCGGGCCUUGAAAUCUGAUAUUCUCUGGGGCAAGGAACACCACUUGAGAUCCUCAUCCAAUAUUGACCAGGGUGGCUCAAGGGGUGUUGUCUUCUGAAAGCAGCCCCUUGACACCUGGCUCGUAACUGCUGAACCUCAGCGAAGUUGUCGGACCUUGGUCAUCAGUGGACCUCGGAAGCAAGGCAAGAAAGAGCCCCGCUAAGCAAAGCACAAGAAAAUCCCUUGUAGAUCCAGGAGGAGGGAAACAGCCAGAUGCAGCUGUACUUUUCCACCCCAAAAAUGCCAUUUAAAAGGGGAAGAGCUAUUGACCUCAGCUUCAGGUCUUGGCAGUGACGAAGGAUGCUUUCACCAGCCUCCAGAGCAAAUAAAGGCAAGAGGAAAGGACUUGGUGUACUGAACAGCAGGAGGAGAGGUGGGGGCAGAGGAAAGAGCUGUCUGCAUUAGACAGCCGCCAAGUCAAUGGGAAAUAGGCCCCCUACAUAGCCAACGUGGUACUAUCCAGAUGUUGUUAGACUGCAACUCCCAUCAGCCCCAAGCAGCCUGGUCAGAGAUGGUGGGAUAUGUAGUUCGAAGCAUCUAGAGGGCACAAAGUUGGUUACUCCUGCCUUACUCUAUACUCACCAAAAAGUGUCUGUAAUGAUGAACUGUCAGGCACAUCCAUGAUUUUGCAUGAAACCAUGUUGCAUCUUCAUGAAUGGUUCUAUUUCUCUUACCAUGAUCUAACCAUAUACACAAAAAAUACAUCAUGCAAAACAUGCUGGAGGCUGCAGCAUGAACGUUUUUAGAGAGUUACAGUGUAAAUAUUGCUAAAGCCUGCUACAUUUGGCAUAAAUAAAAGCUGAGGUGGAAAUUUCAGACAUCAGCCUUUCUGUAGUGCAUUGAAGGCAACAUGUUUGGAAAACGAUUCCACAUUUUGGGCGCAAAGGGAGCAUGCUGCAACCUGCCAUAGAAAUGCCAGGAAAUGCAUUCAUAUUAGAUCUGCAAUAUAUUGAGAGGUGGAGGGAAAUCAGCCACAUUUUGUAUGAGGUUGCAUUUAGGUGUGAAAUAUGUUUGUAGAUAGGGAGCUACUUUGCAGAGUUCAAAUUUUGAAAGUACUAAGUUGGAGUUCAGAAUUUUAUAUUCCGCAGUUUAAGACUUGGGAGACUUCUGGCUUGUGAAAAUAUUUCACUGUUAGAUAAAUAUUUCACUCAGGCUUGCACUACAAAUGAAAAAUAAAAACCACUGCCAGUGUUGUCUUUAUAUUUUGUCAUACAUCUGUCACAUGAAUCUGCUACCAAUAGGGAAGGUUGUGAGAGAACUGCACGCAUCAGUCUCAUAAUCUUAUUGUGAAUACAAAUUCCAUAUUCUCCUGGAUUUCCCUUCUUUGUUAGAAGCAGGAAGUGAUCACUGAACAAUAGAUUGUAUCUGAGCAAUUGAAAAGGCAUUUGGCAAUAGCAUGUUUUAUCGGUUGGUCUGGAUUUCCAGAUGCCCACCCGUUUGUACCUACUAGUACUCUGUGAGUGGUUUUUCAGAUUAGCAAAGAGUUCAUAUAUCAUUUUACAGUCAACACAUUCAGAUUCUUGCCUGCAUGCUAGGCUCAGCAAGAGAUUCCCCUUUCUUCGCAGUUCAUACCACUUUUCAUGGACAUAGAUAUUCAAGUUCUACAAAUUGCGUCUGGAGUAGACAAGAUAGCUCCAUAUAGGAGCACUGUCCAUCUGUAUCAACACUCUACUCUUAGGAAAAUAGGUGAAAGUCUGAAAACUCUCAGUAGCAAAUAUAUAGGCCUGUAGAAGAAGAUUCUGCAGUUGCAGCCUCUGCUGUAUGCCAGACUGCAGAUAAGCAAAGAAUUUAAUCACUCAGGAUUUCCUCAGUUUGUUUCCCCAGUGCUUUCUGGCAAGAACUUCCUUGGGCAAGGAUUUACAUGCCUUAAUGCUAUUGCGUUUGAAAGAUAGGACUUUGCACCAGCAGGAAGAUGGUUUGGACAUUACAUGAUGCAGAGAAUAACACUGACUUCCACUUUUCCACCCUUAUUUUUCCCCUUCUGAAAUAUUUUUCCCAGUAAAACUUCCAUGUUUUUGUUUUUAAAUCCAAAGGAUAUUUAAAUUCUUCUAUGGUUAUCUGUUAUGCACACUUCUGCAAUGUAGUUAAUAGGAAAAAGCUCAUUUUAGUUCCUUUAUUUCCCCCUACUACCCACAAAGUCUGAAACAGAGAUUAUAACUGAAACAUUAACAGGUAAAAUUUAUGGAUGCCAGGUUUCAGCCCAGAAAUAGUGUCUCUGCCUUCUAUUUCUCUGCCACCUCUCCCGCUGCAUUUUCCUUCUUUGCUUGUAAGGGGUCAAAAUGAAGGCUUGCUUUGCUAGGUCCAGGAAGUAAGUGGAUGGAGGUCAUUGUGGCGUCUAGCCUUACAACAGGCUCCACAAAGCCACCAAGUUCAAUGAAAUUUACUCACUGGGCAUGUGCUUGGUCAGGGAUUUCAGCCUAAAAAUCCAGGAAGAAAUUUCUGACAAUAAGAGCUGUUUGAUAUUGGAACCAACUCUCUUAGGAGACUCCCCUUCAUUACAGGUUUUGAGGCAGAGGUUAGAUGGCCAGUUGUCAUGGAUGUUUUAGUUGAGAUUCCCUUGGGGUCCCUUCCAACUCUACAAUUCUUUGAUUCUAUAUAUUGUUGAAGGGAGGAAACUGUAGGUAUAAUCCUUCCAUCACCUAAUGUUAAUCAAGUUCAUGCAUGAAUUGUUCUGCAGAAGACUUCGGCUUUAAGUUCAAGUCAUUUUCAUUACCCCCAUUUCUUUCUUUUUUGAAGCAUCCUUGCAGCUCAUCAGCGUCAACUAUGUCAAAAGCCUUAUCUAUCCUUACUUAUUCUUCCUGUAAGAAGAAACAGUAACAUGAAAACGUGGUGUUGUGGUUACAAUGUUUUACUCAGCACAGGGCUCAAAUCCUCAUUUGAGCUCUCCAUGAUUUGGGGGCCACUCACUAUCUAUCAGCUUAGCCUACCUCACAAGGUUGCUGUGAGAAUAAAAUUGGGGGAGGAUCAAGCAUGCUGCCCUAAAUUCCUUGGAGGAAGGGUGGAAUAAACUGCAAUAAAUGAAAAUAAUAAACUGACUCUCGUGCAAUAAAGCCCAUAAUUUUCAUAAAAACUAAUACAGUAGAACACAAUACUCAAUCCCCACCCAAAUAUAAGUCAAAUGUUUCCUCUUCUCUCUCCAGACUUCAAACAAAGAUGCGGGUCUGGAUUUUCUUCCUCUUCUGCCUGGCAGGCAAGGCCCUGGCAGCACCGGUAAGUAUUGAAAUGGGAUCAAAUAAAAUUUUAAAACCUGUUUCCUAGAAUGAAUUUCUGCCCCUCCUGCUAUAGGAUUGCCAUUGGGCAAGGCAUGAGAAAGGUGAGUUUCAGGGCCAACAUACAACAAAAGGAUUGCCGCAUUUUGACAGUACAGUACCUUGGAAGUCGAAUGGAAGCCUUCCAGAAGUCCGUUCGACUUCCAAAACAUUCAGAAACCAAAUCGCGGCUUCUGAUUGGCUGCAGUUAGGGAAAUGGAAUAAAUUGCUGUGUGAACUCAGGCUAAGUCAGAACAAGCAUGAUGUACACACGCCAGAAUCCAUCCUUCUCAGAUGACUAUAUUCAAAAGUUUGAUUCUUUUCAUUUUUUUUUUUUUAAAGCAAUUUAUUGGGUUUUACAAUAAUAAUAAACAUAAUAAACAAUAUAACAUUUGUCUUAACAUAGUUUCACAUUUUCUUUGGACUUCCUCACAUCCCCCGCUCCCACUUUCAUCGUUAUAACAUUUUGUCAGCAAUUUAUCAUCUUAUUUAAAUUCUUAUAUCUCUUCAAUGUUUCAUAAUCUUAUAGUUCUCAUAAAGAGUUAAACUUUCACAAUCUUACUUAUUUUCUUAAAAACUUCUAAGUUAAGUGGUGCUCAGUUAUUUAGUCUAGCGUCUUAUUUAGCAUUCACUCAAAUCACAAUAUUUUUGUAGAUAGUUCUUAAAUUUCUUCCAAUCCUCCUCGAUUCUCUCUUCUCCCAGGUCACGGAUUCUGCCGGUCAUUUCAGCCAGUUCCAUGUAGUCUAUCAGUUGCAUCUGCCAUUCUUCCAGUGUGGGUAAAUCUUGAGUUUUCCAAUGUUUUGCAAGAAGUAUCCUUGCUGCUGUUGUUGCAUACAUAAAAAAAUGUCUGGUCCUUCUUUGCCACCCCUUGGCUGACAAUACCCAGAAGGAAGGCCUCUGGUUUCUUGGUAAAGGUAUAUUUAAAUACCUUUUUCAAUUCAUUAUAAAUCAUUUCCCAGAACGCCUUCACUUUAGGGCAGGUCCACCAGAGGUGGAAGAACGUUCCCUCACACUCUUUACAUUUCCAACACUUAUUAUCAGACAGGUGGUAAAUUUUUGCAAGUUUAACUGGGGUCAUAUACCAUCUAUAAAUCAUUUUCAUUACAUUUUCUUUCAGAGCGUUACAUGCAGUAAAUUUCAAUCCAUUACUCCACAACUUUUCCCAGUCCUCAAACAUAAUAUUAUACCCAAUGUCCUGUGCCCACCUUAUCAUAGCCGAUUUAACCAUUUCAUCUUGUGUAUUCCAUUCCAACAGCAAGUUAUACAUCCUUGAAAGUACCUUAGUCUUUGGUUCCAACAAUUCUGUUUCUAAUUUCGAUUUCUCCACCUGGAACCCUAGUUUCUUAUCAUUUUUAAAAACUUCUUUAAUCUGAGCAUAAUGUAACCAAUCUCGCACUUUGUCUUUCAUUUUCUCCAAACUCUGCAAUUUCCAAUUGUCUCCAUCUUUUUCUAGUAUCUCCCAAUAUUUUGGCCAUUUAGCCUCCAUAUUGGGUCUUUUCGGACCUUAGCUUCCAAAGGUGAAAGCCACCUUGGUGUUUUAUUUUCCAGCAAGUCUUUAUAUUUUGUCCAGACAUUAUACAAUGAUUUUCUGACAAUAUGGUUCUUGAAGGCCUUAUUUGCUUUAACUUUGUCAUACCAUAAAUAUGCAUGCCAUCCAAAAACAUUAUUAAACCCUUCCAAGUCCAACACAUCAGUGUCUUCAAGAAGUAGCCAGUCUUUUAGCCAGCAGAACGCUGCGGCUUCAUAAUACAACUUUAAGUCCGGCAGGGCAAAGCCCCUCUUUGUUUUACAUCGUUUAAUAUCUUAAACUUCAUUCUGGGCUUAUAGCCCUGCCAGACAAACUUCGAAAUAUCUCUCUGCCACUUCUGAAAGCACUCCGUUUUGUCCAAAACCUGAAGUGUUUGAAAUAAAAACAACAUCCUUGGCAAUACAUUCAUCUUAAUAGCAGCAAUUCGGCCUAACAAAGAAAGUUUCAAUUUUGACCAACUGUCUAGGUCUCUCUUAAUUUCUGUCCAACAUUUUUCAUAGUUAUCCUUAAAUAGACUUAGAUAGUGUGCUGUUAUGUUGCCCCCUAGGUAUUGUACUUUUUGAACCCCAUUAAGUUCCGUCUCAUUCUGAAACCGUUCUGACUCUGUAUCAGUCAAAUUUUUCCCCAAAACCUUAGUUUUCUGUUUAUUUAAUUUAAAUCCCGCCACCCGACCAAAAUCAUUAAUCAAUUGUAAUACUCUUUUCGUACUGGGCUCUGGCUUCUGCAAGGUCAAAACCAGGUCAUCUGCAAAAGCUUUUAGUUUAUAUUGUUUCUGACCAACCUGAAUUCCUUCCACCAACCGAUCCCCUCUAAUCAUGUUCAGUAGCACUUCCAGAACCGAAAUAAAUAACAAAGGGAAAUAGGGCAACCUUGUCGUGUCCCUUUUUCAAUUUUAAACUCUUCUGUAACCACAUUAUUAACUAUCAGUUUAGCUUUCUGUUCUGAAUAUAUCGCCUCAAUCCCAUUCUCAAAACCCCGUCCCACUCCCAUCUCUUUUAAAUUUCCCAUCAUAAAUUUCCAGGAAAUAUUGUCAAAGGCCUUCUCCGCAUCUAUAAAAAUUAAAACUGCUUUUGUAUUUAUAUCUGUUUGCAGAAGUUCCAAGAUGUCAAUAAUGUUCCUUGUGUUAGCAAACAGAUGUCUACCUGGGAGAAAACCGGCCUGGUCCUUAUGAAUUACUUCAUUUAAUACUUUUUUAAAUCUACUUGCCAAAAUGUCUGCAAAUAUUUUGUAAUCCACAUUUAAAAGAGAGAUGGGACGGUAGUUCUUCAGUUGUGUCUUUUCAGCUUCUAACUUUGGUAUUAAUGUGAUAAACGCUUCCUUCCACGAAUCCGGUGCCCUCUUCCCCUCGAUAAUUUCAUUGCUGACCUCCAUCAAGGGUUGUAUCAAAUAGUCUUUUAAUAUCUUAUAAUACUUGGAGGUCAGCCCAUCUGGCCCUGGAGAUUUGCCAAGUUGCAUGUUCUGAAUAGCUUGUUCAAUCUCCUGUCGUGUUAUUUUAGAGUUCAGGAUUGUCCUAUUUUCUUGUGACAAUUUAGAUAGUCCAUUUUUUGCUAAAAAUUGUUUAAUCUCAACUUCGUCUUGCGGCCCUUGGGUAUAUAAUUUUUUAAAAUAUCUCUGGAAACACUUUCUAAUAUCCACUGGAUUCUGAAUGUUUUUUCCGUCAACCUCUAAAUUUGUAACCGUGUUUAAUCUUUGUCUUCUCUUCAACUGCCAAGCUAGCAGUUUUCCACAUUUAUUCGCCGACUCAAACGUUUUUUGUUCAUUAAUUUAACCUUCCAUUCAAUUUCCUGAUUUAUCAAUUUAGAAUAUUGUGUUUGAUAGAGUUUAAUUUCUCUCAGAGUUGGCUGUGACUUUGGAUUCACUCUUAAUUUCUUCUCUAAUUCUUUUAAUUUGUCCAAGAUUUUAUCUUUUUUCUCAUUUUGUGUUCUUUUCUUUACUACAUUCUGUUGUAUCAAGAAUCCUCUCAUUACAGCUUUGCUUGCGUCCCAGACAAUUCUUUUUUCCACCGAAUUGUUCAUAUUUAUCUCAAAGUAGUCCUUCAAAACUUUUUGGGCCUUCUUGGUAAUUUCCUGAUCUCUAAACAAAUUGUCAUUCAUCUUCCAUCUAAAGGAUCCAGUUGGUAGUAGUGUCAUAUCCAUCUUUACUGCAUUAUGGUCAGAACAGGUCUUUGGGCAGAUUUCCACUUUUCUGACCUUAGGUGCCAGGCCUCUGGAAAUCCAUAUUUGGUCGAUUCUUGUCCAGGUCAGUUGGGCUUCAGAAAAGAAUGUUCCUUCUCUACCUAGUGGGUUCUUUGUCCUCCAAAUGUCAAUCAAAUCCAUAUUGUCAGUCAUUUCAAAAAAAGUUUUAGGUAGUCUGCCGUCUUUUGUAACAUUUUGACUUUGUGACUUGUCCAUGUUAGUUGACACGACCCCGUUCAUGUCUCCCAUCAUUAUGAUGUUGUUGUAAUCCAGAUAUUCCAGCAUUGUCCCCUGCAACUUCUUGUAAAAUUCCGAUUUCCCUUCGUUAGGUGCAUAGAUUCCUAAUAUCCAAAAGUUUGAUUCUUUUCAAAGUCACUGCCAAAACUGCACCUUAGGGACAGGUGUGCUGUAAGUGUUGCUGGCAAAGUCCAUUGGGUGGUGCCCAAGUUAGUGAGCAACAGGAAUUCACAGACCUUAACUCUUUGAAUUCUAAGUGUGUAUAUGUUUUAAAUAAAGUUGGGCGAAGAAUACUUAAGUGCCUUCAAGUCUAUUAAGGAAUGAGAUAUGGCAAUACUGCAUUCCAAAGCAAGGCAAGGAGCUCCACAGACUUCAGUGGGGCCUGCUAGGUUCUAACUGUGGCAAAGGGGAGCAUUAUGCAGAAGGUCUCACACUUUCUUCCUGCUGGUUGCAGCACUUGGGUGGGGUGGCAGAGGAGCUUUGUACAUGUGUGUGUUUGGUCACUGCAGUAGGAGUGGAGCUUCAGGCACAAGGUUGAGGGAAACCCUGCAGUAGAGCUAGGAUGGGAGACACAUCCACACCUGACUUCCUUAUUUCUUCCUUGCAGCAGGAUGCUCUACCAGAAGAGAUGGAAGUAGUAGAGGACCCUACAAUAGAGGUACGAGGUGAUGCAAUACCCCCCUCUUUUUAUGUGCUUUGUGGGAACAGAUGCAUUGGAAGAGGUGGGAUAAUGACUGAUGGGAAGUUCUAUGACCACCACGCAAACAAAUUGGGAUGGAUGCUCAGCAAACAGGUGGUCUGGAAGCAACCUAACACAUUUUCUAUGGCAUAUAUGUUCAAUGGACUGCAAUCUGCUUACGCCAUAAUAAAUAUGUUAGUCUUUAGGUACCUCAAGACUCUUUGCUCUCUUUUUUUGCUAAAACAAACUAACACAGCUAUCCUUCCGGAAAUAGUUGCUUCAGAUCACCAUUUCUCAAGAUCGGUCUUUUUAUUCAUUUUAUUAUGAGUUAAGAGCUUUCAGACUGCUUGCUUGAAAUUUAAGGGUGAUCAGAAGAGGAACGGAACUGCAGCUGGAAGCCCUGUUGAAAGGUGGGGCCUGUAACGCAGUCACAGUGUGGAGCGCUCUUGUUCAGGGUUCCAGCUAGUCACCAGUCAACCAUACCUCUCCUAGGACACCCCAUUCCGUUCCAUUUCCCCUCCCCCCUGUUUUCUGUAUCCUCCACCCACAACAACCAGCUGUGCCCAUUGAGUGUGUUCAGUCCUCAUUGAAUUGCUCAAGAGUCCCUUCCCCUACUUUUAUAGUUCGCUCCCUAAAAAUUGUGCUUCUCCAAAUCUUCCUCAAAGACUCCUGUGCUAUUUGGCUACAUUUUAGAGUAUGAACUCACUAUUGGCAUAUAGUAUACUAAAUACCUCAAGGACCACCUCUUCCCAUAUGAACCAAACCAGAUCAUCAUCUGAGGCCCUUCUUUCUGUGCCUCCUUCAUGAGAGACCAGAUGGUGGCAACGUGAGAACAGGCCUUUUCUGUGGUGGUUCCCCGUUUGUGGAAUGCUCUCCCCAGGGAGACUUGCCUGGCACCUUCGUUACAUAUCUUUAGCACCAGGCAAAAACAUUCCUCUUCUCCCAGGCCUUUGGCUAAUUAAACAAUCUAUGGCCCUUUAAAUUGGAGGGGGGUGUUGUUUUUGUUUGUUAUUAUGCAUUUUCAACCACCCUGUAAUCUUCAGGUGAAGGGCUGUAUAGAAAUUUAAUUAUUAUUAAUAAUAAUACCUCAAGUUGGCUCUUCUUUCAUGAAAGGAAAUUAACUCUAGAGACAUUUCCCUGACCUCCGGCUUCCUAAUGCUGUGAGUCUCUCUUUGAACAGCCUAUUUGAGUGGGUAUGGUUGCUAUGUCGCAACAGGCUUCCAGGUUGUCAUCAACCAGAACACAACAAUAACUGACCUUAUUCCACCUCUCUUCCCAGGAACCUGUGGGUAUCAACCCCGUUCAGGUGGAGGUUGGAGAGUUUGAAGAGCCCACUGUGGAUGUGGAGGAGAUUGUUGCUGAAAGUAAGCAGUACUCUGGAUAUUAUACUUUAAACCUGCAAUGUUUUAUAUGUACACAUAAUAUUAGCAGGGCCAGCCCAAAACAUUUUGGCACCUGACAUCCUGCCACCUGAGGCGGUUGCCUCACCUUGCCUCAAGGGUGGACCAGCCCUGUAUAUAAGAAUGCAUAUUAUAUAGAAAUGCAAAAAACUGAAGAAAAGGGGUUGUUGCAGCAGCCCUGGUAUGCUCAUGCCAGAUGAUGUUUCUUGCUACUGUCAUUUAAGUCCCGCCUUCCCAGUCUUACAUCCUGAAGACCCGACAGCAUCACUCUCUCCAUAGGCUGCUUUAAGUUGCAAGGGGUAUCACUUUAAAGGACCACAGAGGGAAGGAAAUGGUCUGUGAACCACAUGCUCCCUCUGAGGCCAGUCCUUACUCCAUUUCAGCCAUGCAGAGUGUGUUUACAGAUAUCUAUCUGUUUUUUAGGCUUGGGAAAGAUUCGAAGUACAUUAGAUGGUGGCAGUAAGGUAUUACUCUUUCAGAAGAGAAUGCUGACACUUGCAACUCAACUCCAAUACAUCAGUUAAGGAGUUCUGGUCAUUCCUGUGCUGCCCUAGUUAGAGACAAACAUAGACUAUUGGACUAUAUGCCUUGCUCCAUAAAAUAAAUAUGUUAGCCUAUCCUACAUCUGAUGAGCCAAGCAAACACUACGCUGGAUGGCUCAGACACUACUGUUGGUGAAAAGGCUGAGUAUAUCUCUCCAUGGCUAGUUUUCCAGGGGUUUUUUAAUAGUGAGGAACCACUGACACUGUUUUGGCUUCAAAAAUUGCUUUUCUUCCUGGUCUUGCUUAGAUCCUUGCCAGAACUAUCACUGCAAGCAUGGCAAAGUCUGUGAAUUGGACGAAAACAACACCCCUAUGUGUGUGUGCCAGGAUCCUUCCAGCUGCCCAGCCAGCACUGCAGUGUUUGAGAAGGUGAGCAGAGAAGAUGAGUGAAGUCAGGCCAACAGAGCAAACUGACAAAAGUGGAGGUCUUGGGAACAGUGAUUGCUUAUAGCCUCAGUUAUAUCUUAGCUUUAGCAUAGCAGCUGAUGCAUCUCUGAGGUUUCUCCCAGUAACAUCUGUAACUUCUGGUGAGGGCAUAUCACAUAGUUAAGUACCAUGCUACCAAUGAAGGGUGUUUUGCAAGUUUGGUAUAUAGCCACGUCAUGGAACCUGGCUGCAUGAAAGGAAGCUGCAGGAGUUACUGAGAAAGGGAUGUGAGCAGUGACAGGAGAGUGGCCACCAUGCCACUGGACAGAAUGAGUGCAGCUUGUCAUUCUUCUGAAUCUUUCAGUGGUUUUGUCAGAUACUGACUAUCAAGUCUUCCUCAACAGCCCAUGACACAUGGAGUGAGAGGCCCUGCCUGGCAAUAGUUCUUCCCCUACCUGAUGGGUCAGUGCCAAGAGUGACCCCAUCAAAUCCAGGGUUGCAGUCCAAUCCUGAAAUGAAUCGAAAGUGGAGUUAUGGGCUGGAUAAGGAUUGCCAAGUAGAGGCUUUAUGAAUACCUGAUAGACAUUUGAGCUUGUCUAGCUCUGGAAGGUUAUUGAUGUUGUCCUAGAUGGGGAGAAAGAUGGAUCCAUGCCACAUUUGAGCACUUCAUCUUUCUAAUGCAACUAACCCUUUUCACAAAGGUAUGUGGCACUGACAACAAGACCUAUGACACCUCUUGCCACUUCUUUGCCACCAAAUGCACUUUGGAGGGAACCAAGAAAGGACACAAGCUUCACCUGGACUACAUUGGACCUUGCAAAUGUGAGUUUUCAUCCUCAUGCUGCAGAACAAAAUCUAUUCAGAAGGCAACUACAGUGGUACCUCGGAUUAAGUACUUAAUUCAUUCCGGAGGUCCGUUCUUAACCUGAAAUUGUUCUUAACCUGAAGCACCACUUUAGCUAAUGGGGCCUCCCGCUGCCGCCGCGCUGCUGGAGCACGACCUUUGUCCUGAAGCAAAGUUCUUAACCUGAGGUACUAUUUCUGGGUUAGCAGAGUCUGUAACCUGAGGUGGGUGUAACCCGAGGUACCACUGUAAUCAACAUCUGCUUUCCAGAUGUUGUGGCACUACAGCUCCCAUCAUCAUUGACCAUUGGCUAUGCUGCCUAGUGCUGUUGGGAGCUGUAUCAUGACAUCAUCUCUAGAAAGCACCACAUUGGCUACACCUAGUCUAUAUUCAACUAUAUUUUCAGAAUUUGUGGCUCCGGCGUCCAUGUGAUCUAAGGAAUAGCAAAAAACACUACAUCAAGUUAUGUUAGCAUGGAGAUCUACAUAUCAAUGUGGGUCACAAAUAAAUAAGGCUUGGAUAAUGGGCAUCCUGAAGACUGUUCAUUCACAGGGGUGCACAACACUAGCACAUGCUGAAAAAAUAAAAACGAUAAAAAUAAUAGUUUUAAAAAACAAAAUACUUAGGUCAUUCUGUGCCUGCAUCAUGUGCCUGCAUUCAUAACAGUCAAGCAACAGAUUCUAGGAAAUGUGCUGGGAAAACUGACCCAUAGGUCAGCCCAAAGGCAUGGCACCUACCAUCUUGGUUACCUCAGCCAUUGUGCUCACUGGUCCAAUAAACCAGGAACAAACCUUGCCUAGAGCUUGUGGUUUGUCUAUUGUGAGACAAACCACAAGCCUGCUUUUGGUUGUAAUGCUAAUCCAAACCUCAACAUAGCCCCAGGUAACAAGACAAAAGCAGAACCAGGGGAGGAGCACUGUGGUUGAGAUUUCGGCUCUGGGAACCUACACAUUUGCUAGUCUGUGCUGUGCCGUGGCUUGGCUUAGCAUUACAUGUGAACUUAGUCUCUGUCAGAGAAAGGUGGCUUGGACUCCAUUAAUCAUCUGCACCUGAAGAAGCGGAAUAGCUAGGAAAUGUCUGUAGGCUGCUCAGCUACAGCAACACAUCUGAAAACACAACCUAGAUCUCUGUCUAGCCAAGAUUUCCAUGACCCUGCUCACUGGUAGAGAGGUUUUAUAAAGUUUCCAUAUUUCAUUGCAUGCUUCAUAAUUGCAGCUUAUUUUGGGUGUAAGAUUUCACAGGGGGGAGAAAAUGACAUAACCAGUUCCUCAGGUGUGAUCGUCAGAGAAUGCAUGAUCAAGAUGGUUCUGCAAUGUUGGGUGUUGGCCUUCAGCUUUGUUUGGUCCCUAACUAUAAGGCAAACGUGAUCCUCUGUAUCCUGUAAAUAGAAAAUGGUCUAUUUACCAUGCUGUAAAGUUCUGCUAUAGGCUUUCAGUGGAUUUUGUGAUGUCUCUUACAUGACACCCCAGGUGACAAACAAGUGAUAAAGUACUCAUUCAAGAGCCUUCUCAUCUCCAGCAUCUUUCUACAUCUAUCUCUAACCACAAGCCUGUAGAAUGAGACAGCUUCUAUUUUGCAGGCAUUGUCCUUGUCCUAGCUCAAGGUAUCCACAGUUGCUUCAGUGGCUGUGAUGAUUUCCUGUUUCCAGGGGCUCCACUAUGGAUGCCUUGUGCAACUAACAAUCGCUCAUUUAAGCAUGCAGGCAAACAUGUUGAAUAAAUUGUAAACAUAUCACCAGCCCAACUUUUGAGCAGAUGGAAUGGAGUUAGAUCAGGUCAGAACACAGAAAGUGUGGUCAAGGCGGCUUAACUGUGUUAAGUGUUGGAAGGAUAUUUUUAUUUUCAAGUGGUCUCUAAGUUUAAGGCAAGAAGCGGCCUUUGCAGCCAACAGAAAGAAAUACUUUAAUAUCUUCUCCUCCAGACUGGAUUAACCUGAUAGCUAGUAAGUCCUAGAUUAAUUUUAAAAAACAAACACAGACAUUUAAGCACUGAACCCAUGGAUGGUUGAUGGAGUUAGAUAAAUGUUUUCCUCCUGGAAUGCUAUUUUCUGCUGCUUGUGAAAGGCAAGCUUAUACUUUCCUGUUUUGUACAAAAUGAAAAACUUAAGAAGGUAAAAAGUUCAAAGACAAACAAACCUGGAUCAAUCCACAAGCUGUUUAUUAUCUCAGGUUAAUCCUAAAGUUGGUUCUGAUGUCAGGGUGCAGAAAGAGAGUACUGGCUUGAAGAGAUUUUGGGGAGGUUUCUAUGGGGAUGAAUGGCAUCCCCAUCGAAACUUGCAGAAUGGGUCCCUUUUUUGCAUUGUUAGCAAAAAUAAAAUUGUGCAAACUUUUUGAAUGCAGUGGCUCUCUUUGCUAUAAUGCGUAUCGCUAUCUAAUAAUUUCUGUGCCGUUGUUAGGUAGAGUCAGUGUUUCAUGGUUAAAGACAAUAAAUAUGGCUUGUCCUUGACUGUAAAUGAGCUAAUGGGUCUCUGGUUGGGUUUCAGUCAUUCCUGAGUGCCUCGACACCGAGCUGAGUGAAUUCCCCCUGCGUAUGCGUGACUGGCUGAAGAAUGUGUUGGUCACCCUGUAUGAGCGGGAUGAAGACAACAACCUCCUGACCGAGAAGCAGAAACUCAGGGUGAGCUACAGCUCCACAUAAACAACCAUCCCCAUAGCUUACAUGGUGCACAAAGGUGGAGUCUUCCUAUAUUGUUAUUUUUCAUGGUUAUGGAUCUACCACUCCAUCGCAGCAAGGCCAACACAUCAUAUCACAUCACACAUGAGUGAAUAUAGGCAGCCCACCUGUUCAAAGAAAACACUCCCUGCCCCCAAAGUGCACCUAAUAUUUUUCAAGUGUAUGCCUAAACAUAUAACAUAUGAAUAUAACAACUGUGUUUGAAAACAUGUGUGUCUCACCAGCACACCCAUUAGAGCCAGGAUUACAUCUGUAACAGAUUCAUACCCAGCACACACUUCUGGCAAGUCUGGUUCUUCUGACACACAAUGCAUGACAUGACCUUAGCUGCUCAAAUGUGGUGCGCAGCAUGCCAUUCACAAAGCCUGUCCUGUGUCACCAGCCAUUGUGUGUCUUGCAUUACCUUCAUAUGCUGGUGUAUUCCACCAGAUAGAAACUUCUCUUGGACAGCAUGUCAUGCCCCUCUUCCUGUACAUUUCCGCCAGUAAUUCACUGCUCUGUGGCUCUUCUUUGGCCAUCUCAGGAUGAAAUACAAGAUAUUGCCCACUUUACCCCAGGAGAAAGGCUCUGAUGGUAGCUUCAGACUAAUUUCUUUUUUAAUGCAAAUUGUAUCUUGAUGAAUAGGUGAAAAAGAUCCACGAGAAUGAGAAGCGCCUGGAAGCUGGAGACCACACAGUGGAACUGCUGACCCGUGAUUUUGAGAAGAACUACAACAUGUACAUCUUCCCUGUGCAUUGGCAAUUUGGUCAGCUGGACCAGCACCCCGUCGAUGGGUAUGUACCCACCCACUUCCCUAGCCUGUGAUAAACUCUAGCAGAGACAAGUCACAUUCGUAUUAGAUCACAAGCAAAAUUCUAUUUUUUAUAACCUUCAUUAGCCCUCAUCAAGCAAGGCUUAAAAUAAUAAAUAGCCUAAGAUACAAGAACCAAGUCCCUUAUUUAUCUUAGGUGUAAAAUAGCCUGCACUCAGCUCUUUGAAAAGCUACUUUGUUAGCAGAGGUCAGAGUGGUGUUUACUAUGAAAGAUGGGCACCUUCCCUUACUGCAUGACUGUGCCACAAAUCAAGCAUUUGGCUUUCAGCCUGCUAAGCAGUACAUCCUUCAGAUUCUCAGGAUUCCUAAAUUUAACUUUUAAAAACAGAAAAGGGAGUGUCUGCUGAAGGCUCUGGUAUCAAUGGAUAGAGAGUACAGCCCAUCCAUUUAAAGGGCUGGUUUCAGGGCAUUCUCCAUCCACAUAAUGUCCUUCAGGUUUGGGUAAUGGGAUGUUUUGCAGGUCCUUCCAUUUCUUAGAUAAGACUCCUCCACAAAAUGAGAGAGAUUUCCCAAAGAACAAGAUAUCUUUGGUAUAUAAAGCCUGAUCCAUAUGUUCUCCAAAUGGCAUGGUGCAUCAUGACUGCGUCCUGCGAUGCUCCAGUAAUGUACGAAAUGAGAAAAUCACAGGAGAAGAAUGGAGCACAUGGAAAGUCCCUAGAUUAGUUUUUGUUUCCUUUCAUACAUUACUAGACUGGCAAAAGUCAGGGGGUUGGAGCAGAUGCCCAUUCCAGCUCUUAUGAUCCUAUGAUAGGUCACAUAUACAGGAAACUGGCCUCCAUGAAGCUUGGAUAAUGUAUGACUAGGAAACAGGCCUCAGUCCAAUAUAAAAGGGGGGAAUUGCUGCCAGGCACAAGAAGAGAUGGGAGCACCAGUGGCUUGAAUUGCUAGCAUGGAUUGACCUAGCCCAAACUUAAGCCCACAGGUAUGUGCUCAUUGUCUUAAUGGCACAAUGGAGCCAGAACAUAGAAGCCUUUCUAUUGAAUGGACAUGAGAAUGAGCCCCAAAAUAUAAAGGAAAGGUAUGAUUGGGUGGGAGUGGAGGACCAGAGCGAAGGGAUUGUUGCCUCUGUCCUUUCUGCCAAUCUAGUGAAAACUGCGGUUGAUGGUAAUUUUAGGGUGUUGUUGUUGUUGUGACCGCCUUGAUGCUCCUUCUUUCAGGUAUCUGUCCCACACUGAGCUGGCCCCACUGAGAGCUCCCCUCAUCCCCAUGGAGCACUGCACCACCCGCUUCUUUGAAACAUGUGAUCUAGACAAUGACAAGUACAUCGCUCUUGAGGAAUGGGGCAGCUGCUUUGGCAUUAAGGAGAGUAAGUAUGCUGCACACCAGGGCUAAGGCAUCACUGGGACUUCACUAGAGGAAAGGGGGUGGGGCUCCCAAUUGCAAACAUCUCCUGAUGAUUCCAGACCAAGAGCACUAGGGAGAUACACCAGAAAUAAAAGCACUUGCAUAAAAGGAGCUUGCCACGCCUAACACUGCAGUCCUCUAUAGGUCCGCUCAGUAGUAAAUCCCACUGAGUUCCAUGGGUUUUAGUCCCGGGUAAGUGAUUAUAGGAUUGAAACCAGAGCAACUUCAUAAACUAGCCCAGUUGGUGGCACACCUGAUGAGCGCUGGGAUCUACUCUGGAACUCCUUGACAGUCUGCCUCUUUUAUUUCACUUGUACCCCAGUCUUUCUCCAAGGAAUUAAAAGCAGCUUACCUUUGGUUGUCAGGCUGCCUUCGCUGUUAGACAGCUUGUGGGGAUAACCCUGCUUAGCUUUGGCAGUGGGACCAGGUCAACACUCUGGUCAAGCUUAAGAGCCAGCCCACGCAUUAGGUGGGGUGAUGUAGCUGCCUCAGGUGGCAGAAAUGCAAGAGGCAGCCACCGAAAAAGCAACCCAGGUAAGUGAAGUGGUGGUGGCAGGGCAGCACAGUAUUGUGAUGCACAGCUUUGCUGCUGGGGAGCCCCUAAGGGUGGAGAGAGGCCUUCUGCAGAACGCCUUACUCGCAGUGAGUCUCAGUGAGAGGGAGGUGUUUAAGAAGCCCUUGCGGGGUUUGCCCCUCUCCCUGCCCAGUGGCAAGGCUUUGAAAGGGCUCUUGCUUGAGGGGAACCCCUUCCGCAGCCUCACACCCCCACCAUGGAGGCAUUAGCAGGAUGUCUCAGGUCACCCCUACCAAGCACUCAGUGCUAUCUCUUCCCUCAGUAGGGCUGUAUCCUGCAGAGAACUAUGGCCCCAUCUGCACUGUACAUUUAAAGCAGCAUCAUAUCACUUUAAACAGCCAUGGCUUGCCCCAAAGAAUGCUGGGAACUGUAGUUUGUGAAAGGUGAUGUGAAUUGUUAGGAGACCCCUAUUCCCAGAGCUGCAGUUCCCAGAGUUCCCUGGAAAGAUAAAUUAAUUGUUAAACCACUCCUGGGAAUUGCAGAUUUCUGAGGGGAAUAGGGGCCUCAUAACAGGAUGUGGAAGAAACAUCAACAGGCAAAUGGGGCAGCUGGUUUGGGCAGGGGUGGUCGGCUGGGCUGGCAGGCAGGGAUUAAGGGUGGAUUUUUCAAUAAACACUCACAUACAUAUUGGGGAAUAACACUGUGCAGAUUCACGUACAACGUGUUCUUACACCAUGUCUUUCUUCUUCUUUUGCAGAGGAUAUUGACAAGGAUCUCGUGAUCUAA